GUGCAGCAUUGACACAGUCUGACAGCCACUACCAGGGUGCAGGGGCAGGCAUGGCAUGGGGGGCAUCACCCACCAGCCAAGCAAGAUCCCAUUCUUCAUAGCCAGCCCUGCUGCAGGGUGAGGACCCCCAUCCCAGAUUGGAUUAUCACUGCUCACUGCAUGGGGGGAAUGGGACUAUUGGUUCUGACAAUAUCAUAUUCUGCCCCCCCUCUGCAGACAGCUGGAUAUGCUAAUCUCAGAGCUGUCUACACAUGUAUUAACCAGGAUUGGGAGAUGUAACCCAGGGAGCCAACUGGAACAGAUACUGCGACAUAAUACAUUUCUGUCCCGCAGAGCUUACAAUCUACAGCCUGUUUUUAGGAGAUAUGCCCAUCCCAUGCUUGCACUGCACGAGUCCUCCAGUGUGCACUCACCGAGCUGAAGGGUGAAAUUGGUUGCAGUUAAGUGGGCACACUGCUGAGUCCAGAGACAGUUCUAAUGAUAUGGCAUUGGCAUCCAGGGCUACCUAGCAUGGCGAGCUCAGCAUGCUUUGGGCUAGCAUGGCAUUGUCUGGGUCACUGCCGGAGCCCUUGUCCAGGAGCAUAUUUAGGAAGUUUGUGGUGAUGCUCUGCUCCCUGCUCAUGUCCCUUUAUGUCUUCUACUGCCUGGCAGAGCGCAGCCAGAGCCUGCCUGGACCCAUCAUAGGGGGCAGCGAGGAAGAGGAGCCUGGCUUCCUGGACCUGGCCAGCAUGCAGUCAGGGAAGAGGAAGAGGCUGCUGCAGAGGAUGAAGGAGCAGAGGGUGAGGCUGAUCCAGCGCUCCCCACUCAGCCACCUCUUCCCUAGGAUUGAGGUGGCUUACUCUCUGCAAGAGGAGCCCCAUGAACUGGCAGAGGGGGACAGUACCCUCACCCCUCUGGAGGAUGGCAGCAAGAAGCUCCCCCAGGCCAUCAUUAUUGGGGUGAAGAAAGGAGGCACCCGGGCUCUGCUGGAGUUCCUGAGAGUGCACCCCGAUAUCAGGGCGGUGGGAGCUGAACCCCACUUCUUCGAUAGGAACUAUGACAAAGGACUGGACUGGUACAGGUGAGUGUCGCUCCCUGCAUGCUGUUUGAUAUUUCCAUAACACUGGCCACACAGUGCCUCCCACUGGCCAAACACUGCAUCACACUGGCCAAGCUCUGCCUAGCAGUAGCCAAACACAACAGGGUCCCCAGUCUCCCGCAGCCAGGGAAGAGGGCUAGGCAGGGCUGGGGUCCUAGGUUGGGACCCAUGCCCCCAUGGAUUUUGAAUCAUCAGACACCUGCACCCAUUAAAUGGUAAUCGCUUGUUCUCCCAGUGGAGCUCACACCAUUUCACUUAGAGAACAGUCUGAUAAACAGGAAGGUGUGUGUAUUUCUUAUUUGGAAUGUUUUGUGUCAAAAUUAAAGACUGUGUGAAUGGCCUGAGAGAAUGCCUUGUGCAUAUUUUGGAUCCCUGUGAUACAAGGUUUAGAACCAAGCAUAUACAGUUACACUGAGCAGAGCUCCUGCAUUUAGCUGACAGCUUCAUUAUAUACAGUUAUACUCCACAGAGCUCCAGUCCUUAGCUCACAGCUCCAUCACAUACAGUUAUACUCCACAGAGCUCCAGCCCUUAGCUCACAGCUCCAUCGCAUACAGUUAUAAUCCACAGAGCUCCAGUCCUUAGCUCACAGCUCCAUCACAUACAGUUAUAAUCCACAGAGCCCCAGUCCUUAGCUCACAGCUCCAUCACAUACAGUUAUUAUCCACAGAGCUCCAGUCCUUAGCUCACAGCUCCAUCAUAUACAGUUAUACUCCACAGAGCUCCGGUCCUUAGCUCGGAGCUUCAUCAUAUACAGUUAUACUCCACAGAGCUCCAGUCCUUAGCUCACAGCUCCAUCAUAUACAGUUAUAAUCCACAGACCUCCAGUCCUUAGCUCACAGCUCCAUCACACACCCAAUUACAAACCACACAGCUCCUGCAUUUAGCUCACAGCUUCAUCACAUCCUCAGUUACAAACCACAGAGCUCCAGUACUUAGCUCACAGCUCUAUCACGUACAGUUAUAAUCCACAGAGCUCCAGUACUUAGCUCACAGCUCUAUCACAUACAGUUAUAAUCCACAGAGCUCCAGUACUUAGCUCACAUCUCUAUCACAUACAGUUACAAUGGGCUCCAGUACUUAGCUCACAGCUCCAUCAUAUACAGUUAAAAACCACGAGCUCCAGUACUUAGCUCACAGCUCCAUCAUAUACAGUUAAAAACCACAGAGCUCCAGUACUUAGCUCACAGCCCCAUCAUAUACAGUUAAAAACCACAGAGCUCCAGUACUUAGCUCACAGCUCCAUCAUAUACAGUUAAAAACCACAAGCUCCAGUACUUAGCUCACAGCUCCAUUACGGUUACAAACCACAGAGCUCCAAUACUUAGCUCACAGCUCCAUUACGGUUACAAACCACAGAGCUCCAGUACUUAGCUCACAGCCCCAUCAUAUACAGUUAAAAACCACAGAGCUCCAGUACUUAGCUCACAGCUCCAUCAUAUACAGUUAAAAACCACAAGCUCCAGUACUUAGCUCACAGCUCCAUUACGGUUACAAACCACAGAGCUCCAAUACUUAGCUCACAGCUCCAUCAUAUACAGAGUCACACACUGCACAGCUCCAUCAUACACACAAGUACAAAUAACAUAUAUCAUGCAAUAAAUCCUAUACCCCAUUACACACAGUACAACACCCACUUCUUGAGCCAGAACAAUCUUGUCCCAUUUUAUAACACACCUUAUAAACCAGGCACUCAUCUGUUGAACUCAGCAGACACCUCUGAUAUUCUACCCACUCCCCCAGAACCCAGCACACACCUGUGGUACUCACCAAGACAAUGUGCUUGUUUACUGUCAGCAUCUUCGGCAAGCACUGUACACCAUAGAGACAUGGAAUGUGGGGUUUGAUGGAAUUAGGGGAUAUUGUAUGUCCUAUAUGAACAUGAACAAUUAACUAGCAAUGCCCUGUAUGUAUUUAUGUUUGCAAUUCUCUGUACAUACUGGUAUACUACUAACAUAACCAGGUCUACUUCAUGACAGGUGUGGAGGCUUAUUGCUCUAGAAUUAAGAAACUGUAAAAUUUAAAAAUGAUCAUUUGAAGGGAAUUAAAGUGAAUUUCAAACUUAAAGUCAAAAUUUCUAAACUGGGAAAAUGCAGCUAUAAUCUCAAUUCAGCUGCUGUGGCCUCAAAAUUGAAAUUGACUCUAGUAAAUAUGCGUCGUGUCAGGUGUGUGCCACAAUGUGGGGCAUGUGGUCAUUGGAGAAAAAUAUGACUAGCCGGGGUGGAGAUAGUUACUAAUCUUUCAUAGUUACACCUACGGAAUAUCAGCAUGUCUUACGUGUCUCAGAGACAUUUGCCAGUAACAGUCCAGAUGAUAACUGGAAUGUCCAUGUUUCAGAAGAACUAGUUGUGUAUCUGUGGAUCCUAACCUUUUUUUUUGACAGGGAUCCAGAUUAUGUACAUGACAUCUGUUUGGUGACCUAUUCUUCAAAUUUAUCACAGCUAAUCAUUGUUCAUUUGUAACUUAAUAUACCAAAAUAAAAUCUGCGUAACCUCUUCACUCGAUUCUUCCCAGUGUUAAAGGGAUCUCAAUCUGUAUUGAUUGGGUCAACUGUCUAAAGCCCGAAUGUUCAGACGGAAUGGUUCAACGCAACAGGGAUCCACUGCAAAUACUUGGGAGUAUGGGAACCUAAUGCAAUAGAACCACUAGUCUAUAUAAUAUAUCUCGAGUAGUUUAUGAUUGUGUCUACAAACCCAGGAUGGUAAAUAAUUUAUGGCAUUAUUUUCUCCAUAUAUACGGAUCAGCAAUAUGUAUCUUGAAUAUUGCAUUUCUAUAAAAGUUAGUGUCUAGAUAAUUCCUAAAAGUCUUUUAAUCUUAGCGCCGCACCAGCUCUGCCUGAGACUAGUGGGAGUAAACUCAGGGGCAGCAGUCGCCAUUUCUAGCCGGCUCUCCUUAACCCCUUAAAGACACACGACGGAAAUAUUACGUCAUGAUUCCCUUUUAUUUCUGAAGUUGUGUCCUUAAGGGGUUAAUCCAGCCUCUCCGCUUGUAAUGAUAGACAUAUUACAGGUCAUGAUAUAAAUAUAUAAUAUUUUGGCAAUUAACAUUUCAGCCAGCAAUAAAAGUUAAGCACUAGCUUGCGUUCAAUUAUUUCGGAUGACUGCAUACGUUUUGCGUAAGCAGAUACCUUACAAAACAGGAUUUGAUAAUGUCACAACUGUUUUGUAUCAGCAGUAAAAAUCACAGUCCUUGUAUUGUGCGAAGUAACUCAUCAUCUUCAUGUUUAACAAUCUUAUUUGAGUGCCUCUUUCAAAGCGUUGUCAGAAGAAAAAUCGAUCACAGAAGAAUUGAAUCUAUGUGGGAUUUUCUGACAGCUACGAAACAUAAAUUGCCAUAAUUGUCUGAGGGCGGAAAAAAAAAAGAAAGUUAUUUUAGCGUUAUAGAAAACACUUAAAAUCUGUUUUAAAAAAAUGAAGUUUAGAAUUAGGUCAGGAAUAGUGUUUUCAGAAUAAUUACACCAAGUUCGCGGAUUUGAAUGACAUUUCAUAAAAGGUUUUCUCCCCUGUUUUCUCUUUUUAUAAAUUCAGAGGUAGAUUUUUUUUUGCAGCUGAUUAACUCAAACUAAGCAAUGCCAUUAUAAUACCGCAGAGUUCUUUGUGUUUUAUUAAACCACAAUCAUUUAAAAUAAUGGUAAGGAAAACUAAUUAUUUUCUGUCCAAGUGUGCAUUGACUUGAUGUGUUUGACAGACACCUCCAGUUAACUGUUUCCUGAAUCUUGACAGGGUAAUAAAACGCUUUGAACGGAGACACCAGAAACAUAACACUUUUGUGAUUUAUGAAUUGUCUAAAUAUUUUUACAGUAAGAAAUUUAAGUCACUUUUGAAUUUCAGGGUUUGUUGAGAAUGUUGGAGGUGGUGAAGUUGUUUUGUAUGAGAUCUGAAACCGGGGUAGAAAUGAAUUAAUAAUAAUAUUAAAUUCCUUAAUAAACCAUAGAGUGAAAAUGUUAAUCUGACCAUAUCCUCUUGUUUUUAAUAUAUAUUACCGCAGGCAAAUCAGAGUAUUUGGGGAAAAUGGGAGACUUUUAUGCUUACAUUAUAGGGAGUUUUUUUGAAUUUUGAAUCCCCUCUGUUAAUGAACACAGUAAAAUGACUCAAGCCAUUGUAAAGACUGAUGUGCCGGAGUAGUGUGUUUUGCUCAUGCGAUAGCACUGCAUAAGUUAAAAAUAAUUUCACUGUCAAAGCAUAUAAUGAGUUUGCCUUAAUUCCCCCUCAUUUACCCAGCGUAAGUCAUCAGUCAGCAUUUAAGAUAUCAUUGUACUUCGCUGCAGGAUACGUUUGUGCUUUCCAUAUAACAAACUAUCCUGUUAUCACAGCAUCUUUGCCUUCUGCAUAUCCAUCUAACACAAAACAUUGUACCACCUCCGCUGGAUGACAGUUCUAUGAUCAACUUCCAUUUAUGAGUCUUAGUCUAUGAUCAACAGAGUUUAUUUCCUAAGGAAUUGUGUUAAUCUGACGAAGUGCAUAAUGUAUGAUAAUAUAGCAGAUUUGGAUUAUUACUGGUGGCGCUGUAGAAUUUUUACCAGUCACCUAUUUUGUUGUUUUUUUUCCCAAUCAUGUUGUCACAUUAUUACAAUUUAAUAUUUUGUGGAUAAUUCCGCCUCCAGUUUACCUGCAACAGUGUCUAAUCUGUUCACCGAUGUAUCGAAAUCAACCUAAUAUAAACUCAAAGUUAACCGGACUCUGACUCUACUGAACCUACUGAGUUCAUUUGAACUCGAAAGCCUGAGUUUACGUUCAACGCCCUAUCAGAUUUAAGAAAAAUAAAAAAUAUUUUCAGGUAUUGUCAGGGCGGGUGGUUUCUUGAGUAGAACUUGGCAGAAUCUUCAAAGAAGACAUUGAAUGGUAAAUUACAGAGUACUGCUAAGUUGUUGUUGAGUUGACAACCCUAUCUAAAACUCUACUUAAUGCAACUCUGUCCCUUUUGGGGGUCUUUGCCUAUUUUACAAAAGGCACCUGAAGGUGACGUGUCCACUUGUGUCACAGCUGUCUGGAGGAGAAACUGAAGGCAUAUCUUCUUUCUUGAACUUUCCCUUCGAAGGUGAUGCCACCUUCAUAUUCAGCUCAAGAUGCUUCAUCAACCUGGAGUUGUUUCAAUGUUAUACAUUCAUAAAUGUGCAAAGGUACAAGGCAGAGAGGUCUAUGCAGGAUCCCACAAGACCACAGGAUCCUCCAUACACCAACUAUCAAUGACUGCCGUAUUGAUGAACGUGACAGCAGCAAUUCUGCCUUCUGUCAAGUCUUGUCAACUUAGGCUUUGCCCAUAUGAAAAAAAUAGUAUCUGUGUUGUCUUAAGAUAUCUUUAGAUUUUACUGGAAUUUCGAGUACAUUCCAACAUAGUCAAUAUGAGUUUUCUACACUGACUUUAUCUUUAUUAAGUACUCAGAAAUCACAGGACCACAUUGAUGUUUUCACUAUUGUCUUGAGGUCCAUAGUACGUCAACUCCUAAAAUUACCUGCUGUUCGUAUAAAGAACAGCUGCAGGGUUUUCUUAAAAAAACUCAGUAUCAGUGGCAGCUGGUGAGUUUCAAGAUGGUGGAGUACUAGACGCUACCCACGGAAUUUGACUCUGUGCACCUAAUCCCAUUUAAUCAUUCACUGCCCCAAUGAAACCAUGUCCAGCAUCAUAAGUCUAUUGAUAUAUGUAUUUGGAAAAUAACUAACUCCACAACCUGAUGCUGCUAAUCAAUGACAGCCCUGGAUUAUAGGACAUUAUAAAGGCCUUUCUUUUAGGAAGUACAGUAUCUUACAACCCAAUGGAAACCAAUAGGUGGCAUCAGAAAGUCGAUAAAAGUAUUUUUCAAACAUGCCCCCAAAUCUCUACAUAGUUAUUUGUUUACCCUCAGCAUUAUCUUCAGCCAUCAGUAAUGGAGGGAGAGGACACUGCAAAACUACUAAUAAAAAAACUCAAAUGUUUUUGUCUUUAUCACACAAGUAGGUUAUUUAAAAUAAUAAAAAUACAAUUGGCUUAGCCAGGGCUGGAUUUCCCUAUAGACUGUGCAGGCAUCUGCCCAGGGAGGCCUAUUUUCAGCACUUAUUUUGUGACUUUUUGAGCUCAAAUAGACUGGUGAGGAGAGAUAAGUACCAGCAGCCUUGGCCAGUGUCCUCUGCAGUUUAGUUAGUGUUAAUAGCAGAGCUGCAGGAACAGUUAUAGAGGGUGUAACACUCAGUGCUGUCCCAGAUCCUCCAGUGUCUGUGUGUGAGGCUGGACAGGAAGUGGAAUGGACCACUUCCCAUCUGCCCUCUAACAGCCUCUCACACAAGACAUGACUUGCAGGAGGAGUAGGGGAAGCUCUGAGUGGUGCACACUGUAUAACAUCUCCUGUAGCUCUAAUAUCAUCAAUCAAAUGAAACUGACUGGACUACAGAAGACAUAGGAGGCCGAGUACUUUGUAAAUAAUCCUUCAAACUCUGAAAAUAAACCCUUUACCUUAAUCCUAUGUUUAACUCCUCUUAAAAACUAACUACCUCAUGUACCCCAAUACUAAAUUUAACCCAACUCUAGAUCUAUUCCCAAUAAUCUUAAACAACCUUUAAACUACAACAUUAACCCAUUUCAAGCAAUUAUCUUCUUAACACUAAACAUCCUAUGUAAUCUAACUCUGGCAUUAACCCAACUCUAACCUUAACCCUCCUUUACCAUAACCACUUCUAACAUUGUCUUUAACCCUGCGUGCAUUCACACUGCUGCAUGCAAUCACUUUAAUAAUAGAUUCAAAGACAGUACAUUGCAAUCCGAAAUCUACAUACACAUACAUAUGCAGUUGUCAGAAAUGAAUGUUUUUAGACCUGCAAUGUUCUGUCAAUAUAUUAAUUAUACUUAUUUAUCUGCCUUUUUUGUGUGGUUGGGGAGCAGGGGGCACCUUAUAAUUGUAUGCCUACAGGCAACUAACAUGUCCGGCCCUUGGUUUAGGUACUCCCUAAUCUGGGCACAGAAAACUGCAGAGGCUACAAUCAUGGAUAUUGUCCUCAAUAGGUCCUCACCAUUAAGUGUCCUUUUACCUUGAUUCAAUAUUGGCCAUAUACAUUAACUUGCAUUACAGUUUAUUCUAAGCAGGGCAUUUAUGGUUCGAUAAUCAAACUGCGUAAUUAAACUUCACAUGUUCGGCAUUAAAUAUCCUGCAAGGGUUUCACAUUAAUAAGCAGAUAAAAGCAACAUUUUCAGAGAAAUGCUUACUGCUCCAGAUAAUUAUAAUUUAGAUAAUACAAUUACAAAGGCAGGCUCUGAUUACACAUAUACCUUUUACCUUAUGGAUGGAAGAACAGCGUCCUGCUUUAAGUAAUUACCUUUUAUAAUUCCAUGCCAUGUUUCAUGCAAUAACCUAUUUCUAAAGUGAUAACAUUUUCGGCAGCACCGUGUAACGGGUGAGCAUAAACAUACAAAUAAUUUAACAAACAGAUCAAGGGAACAAGGGAUGACAGAAGCCCACCCUAGUCAAUUUGGUGUACGGCGUACAAGAAAUUAUUUGUAUCUAUACAAGAGGUAACGUGUAAUGUGCCCGGAAGAGAAUAUAGAUUGCCAGUACACAAACUGCAGUAAAUUCAUUAUUAACAUAUGCUACACAGCAUAUACAGUAAUAUUAAAGAAGGUGCAAUGGGGUAGAAACAGACGUUGUGAGGACAAGUUGUGAGAGGUGACAGAGAACUUGAUUGCUGAAGAUAGCGUGUUUUGGAUAAUGGCCGGAUACAAAGAAUGAAAGAAAGGGUAGAAUUAAAAAUGAGAACAGCUGAUGGAUGUACCACUUAUCAACUUUGCCAAAGGAGAAUUUGAAAAUAACUUUUUGGAGAGAAUGUAAUUCAAGAAGUGGCAAAUGACCUAUUAAAGACAGAUAUGCUGUUGGUGGCAGAUCCAUGAAGGAAGUGGAGAGAACAAGGUAUCAGUACAGUGAAGUCUAUAUAGAAGUUAUAUUCCAAGGGAGAUGGAGAACCGUAACUAAAUCUGGGGAACUCUAAUUACUAAUAUAGCUAUGUAGGAGAAUGCAGAGGAAAAGUGACAAUUAAAGAGGAGCAGGAGAUGAGGAAUGAAAAUCAUGAAGGAAUAAUAAUAAUAACUCGUGGUCCAAGGUUAUGGAGGGUAAGAAGAAAAUAAAAGGAGGUCCGCAAUGUCAAAAGCAGCAGAUGGGUCAAGAACAUUUCAUUUCGUAAUCUCUAGAUCAGGGGUCAGCAACCUACGGCACGUGUGCCUAGCAUGGCACUCGAGGUGCCUCUGAACGGCACUCAAGGCUGUUAGAGCCAAACAGGCACCGGCCUAUCAGUCCCGGUGGGACUUCAGAUAUCUGCUAGUGCAAAAAGGUGGUGAGGGAUAAUCCACAAUUUACCAUUCCAGCACUUGUGAACAGGAAUCCAUACUGGAAUAGAGCAGCCCCUAGCAACUAUAGCAGCUCCUGCCUUUAACCUGUAUCUGGCCAGCCUGGUCCCCACUGAAUCCUAAGGAAGCCACACAGUAGAUAUACACAGAACUGCAGAAUAAGCCUCCAUGUCAUAUAAAUAAUACUGACCACCCACAAACACACACACACAGUCCCCGCAAACAUCACAAGCAGCCGCUCACAUGUAAUACCACAAGCAGCCCCAAUCAUACACACACCAACAAACACACUGUGACAUAUCAUACACACACACACACACAAUUCCACAAGCAGCCCCCAUACAUAGCCUACAUUCAUAGGUAUCAUACAAAAUACCACAAAUUACUCAUGAAUAUACCUACAUGCACACAAAUACAAUGUUACAAAGCAGCUUCAGCCUCCAUAAAUAACACGAGCAGAAUACGGCAACAUAGAAACAUGAAUUUACAAAAAUUUGGGCCUGCACAUCAAGGGACUUCGAGAUAUUGUUUUGGCACCGUACUACUAAAAGGUUGCCUACCCCUGCUCUAUAUAUUGCAGAAAUUCAGCCCUUCAUCUCUUUGGUUAAAGCUGUUUCAAUGGCUUGCCCACAGAACAAACUAGAUUGAAGUGUAUUAGAGAGUUGGACUGCAAGAACGUUCGUACGAGCUGGCCAAGAAACCCAAGUGUGGUAGAUUAUGUACAUAUGUCAUGUGGUAAUUGCAUGUUUGAAGGACUUCUGGAAGAAAAAAGAAAGCAGAGUGAUUUUGAAUAUUUGUUGCUGUUGGAAGACAAGAAAGGAAGGAAAGAAAAUGAGUUAGGUGUGUGAGGAUAGCGUCAAUGAAUAAGGUGUUAAUCUGCUACAAAAGAACGGAAGCACACUGACUGUAGGAGAAACAACAGAUUUUACACCUUAUGGUAUCAAUCUUUUCUUUAGUGUAGUUUACAAAGUUGCUAACAGAUAGAUUGGUGAGGGAACAUAUUCUAAAGGGGUAGACUACAGAGCAGAAUGUUGCCCUCCUCCAGGACCAGGAAGUGAUUCCACCAAUAAGGAGCCUCUCAUUCUGGAGUCUAGUUUUAUUGGAGGUUUAUGGGAUUGGUAUUAUCUCUCGCAGGCACAAUUCCACUUAUCACAUAGGAUCAGUGGAAAUGCCAAUAAAAUGACAAGGUUAAGUUAAAACUCAGAUUCAUAGUUUUGUAAACCUGGAGGUCAUCAAUACAUUGUGGCAUUUAUAAUUGUUUAAAAAGGGAGACCCACUGUGGGUACGCUCUACACCAUAACCUUUUGCAGUGGUACUUGAGUGGCUUUUUAAAAUAAUUUUAGCAAAACAAAAAUACAACCACUCUGCUUUAAAGUUUAUUAUGAAAGGACUUGCAAUAACUUUCAUGGCACGGAGUUAUUGCUGUUAUAGUUCACAGUGCCAAGGUUAUCUUUCUACAUACUAUGGGCAAUUGGUAGGACACCGAUCCCUCUCCUACUCUCAUUCGAGGUUUGCCCUGUUUAUGAAAUGUUACAAAGAUCUGAAAAGCAGUCAGCAAUCAAAUACAUAUUUAUAAUACAAACGUAAAUAUGAGCACAUAUGUCAUUUAAAAAAAAUACAUAAAUUUUUAAGUUUAGUAUAAAAAGUUACUGCACUCUGCAGCGAUUAAUUGAAGAAGGGUUUUUGUUUGGUCGAGGUUUAAAUGUUUCUCUCACAAGUACAUGUACGCAAAGAUACACUGUUCCACAAAUUACCAUUCUUCUGAAAAUGAGCCAAAAGCAAAGGUUACACUUCAAAGGUUAACGAAAAUACAACAAGUCUGGGCAGUAACCCCAUCUUUAUCUGUAACCGUUUGCCGCCAUGUACUGCAAGUUAGUAGGUCUAAUCUUUCUUGCCUUCAAUGUAGCCCUGCAAUCAGACAUCCGGGUGAUUGUGUAAACACAGAGGAGACUCAACAUAAAUGUUUUAUUGGAAGAUUAUUUCUGGAGUACUGCCACUUAUUUAUGUAAGUACAGAUAGUCGGGCGAUGCCCUGCUGAGAUUGUAGCAGUCUGUGUCUGAUCAUCCACAAAUAGGACAUUAAAAAAAUAUAUUUCUAUAGGCAAUCUCUGGCACUCUAAUCGAUGUGAAUCACAACUUCGCAAGGCGCGUCAAACUUAAUUCAAGGAGUCCUGAUCUCCCAGACCGUAUGGCAUUUACAACUUGGCUACAGUUACAAAUUCUACAUACCCGAGUCCUAAAUAUUACCUGUAUUGUUUUGGGUUUUGAGAGCUGGAAGAGUAACUUACCUUCUCUGUAUGUUUGCUUGAAAUAUGGUUAUUGGCCACUCAGGGUUAAAAAAAAAUUACAUUUUUUCCUGCUUUAAAAAAAAGAAAAAUAUACAUGUAGAAGAAAGGGCAGACCUUUUUUUUUUUUUUUCUUCUGUAAAUAAAAAUUAGUUGCGGUCUUAAUCCCCAAAUACCAUAACCUUUGCUCCGUGACGAUAUUUGGAAUAAGAAGUAAAAUGGCUGGUUUGUCUAGUGUAAACAUAGAGUUGCGACAAGAAUUUAACAAGUUAUAAAGUAAUAGUGUCAGGAAAAAAAAAAGUUACAAAAAUGAAACCGGCAAGCUUCUUAUUGGCAAAGAACUUUAAAUAUGUAUGAUAAGACUAAGCUAAACUGAACUCUUAAUAAAUAAACUGUAGUUUUAUUUCUGCCUUAUACUUUUAUAGUGCGUUAUAAUACUUGGGAUUAUUAAUAAAUGAGAUCAAAAUCUGUGAUUACGGGAAUAAAGUUAUGACAACUCCAAGGAUAAAGUGUUGUAAAAUAAAGUGAGAAUUUUAAGUGAAUUCAAGGUAGAUUUCAAAUUUAAGGCCAGGGUAGUCAAACUGAAAACAUAACGGACUUAGAUAUUUUUCCAGACAAACCAUUUUGAUCUUAAAUUUAAAAUUCACCUUCAAUUCACUUUACAUCCUCGCUAAGGUAAAUAACCCAGUAAAUAUUUUUUGGGAGUUGCGUAGCAACAAAAAUCUUAAAUAAGAUGUAUCCAAUCUAUAGUUGAAUAUUGCAUUUUCAUUCUGGCUUUCUCAAACUAUUUUUGCCCCAAAAAUACCUACUCACCCGAAUAUUUCCUAGAGACAGAUAUUUGUUUUUGAAGCAUUCCUGCAGAUAUUAUGCACUAAACUAUAAGCUGUAGUGAGCUGUCAAUGAAGUUGUACAAUUUAAGCCAUGAUAGUCCUGUACGAAAAUUAUCCCCAUCUCAGUACAAUUAGGGUAUUUUUUCAGCACUGGUAUUUUUUUGGCUUACAAGUCUCCCCAGUCAGUGUUUUAGAUACAAGGGUCUGGGGAUUUACGGUUUGUCAAGUUUUAACCACAGAUUUGAAGGAUACCUUAAACAUGUUGUUUGAGUUGACAUGGUGCGUAUAAGGUAUUGACAUUGUUCAAAUCUGUGCAGUAAUGCCUAAAUGCAGUUUAUCCACUAUUGCAAGGUCACGGAAUGGCUGUGAACACACCACGGUCAUCAGAAUUCCUUACAACAGCUGUGUCCGGCUGUGUGUCUACAUGCCACAAUUGUUUCCCAGACUUUGUUCUGAAGGCUGUUUCACCCACAGAAAACCUGAGAAGAAAGCAGAGUUUGUGGGGAUGCCAGACUAGGUCACUGCUGCACGCUCAGAUGUUCUGAAAUGUGCGCUGGCGUCAAGUCUCCCUGUUCCAGUUUCAUGGAAGGUCCAGAAAUUCCUACCGAUCUGAUGGCAUCUUCUGCUUUGUUCUUGAAAAAAAAUUGCCACCCUUUGCCCACCACCACAGGAAGGAUGCAGCAAGACAAGACAAGACAAGAAGGAACUUGCUAGAAAGUAAUUUUUUCAACUUUCGAGCUUGGUAGCAUUCUGUUUUUUUAACAGACUGGAUUUUAACAUAGAACAUGUCAUUAAAGAAAACAUACCUGUAUUUAGUGGUUACCAGAUUUUAUUUUCAUGUUGCCAUUAACACUGUCGUAGCCAGGUUCCAGUGGCCAUAAUUAAAAACAAAUAAUUUUUUUUAAGUCGCCCCUUUGUUGUGGCUACACAGAUGUGUGGCUGCAUGUGACCAGCCUUGGGACUGCAUGAGGCCAUUGAUGCUGUGUACUAAGCAACUAAAAAAAAAACCUCUAAAGCUCCAGGAAAGCAUUGCGGUGAGGAAAAUGCAGACCUUCUAUCAUGGUCCCACUGAGUACAGCCGCAUUGCAAUAUUUGUGGGUAAGAGUAUUAAAUGGCACUGGGUUGAGUUGGGGCUGGAGAGACACAUAAUGGGCAGGAGAUAGUCUGGAGAGAGAUACAAAGAUUAGGGAUACACACAGUGGAGUGACCUAAGUUGGAGAGACACGGAAGGGAGUGAUUGGACUGGAGGGACACAAAAUAGGGUAAGGAAGGUUGGAGAUAUGCACAAUGAGGUUAGGGGACCUAGGAAGACAGACAAGGGGUCAGAAGAGACAACAAAUAAUUAAAGACAUGGAUGCAUUUAUGAACACGUUUUAAAGCUCUUUGAUGUUUACUAGACUUGUAUUUGAUGUAGAUCAAGAAGUCACCCACAGUAGCUAGUUUGUGUUAUGUUAAGUUAUCCAUUGAGAGGAAUUGUUGACUGAAGGUCAACCAACAGGUCUGUGUUUUCUUGUUCACAUGUUAAUCUUGUAUAAGGAGUAAAACCGAUUAGCAGAUUUGCUCUUCCAAAUAGUCACUGGCUGUGAUAAUAAAAAAAAUGAACUGAUCUGCUGUGGUCUUCAUGUAGAUUCACAUAUUCAAAAGUAUGUUCACAAUAAUAUGAAAAGAGGUCUAUUUGGUUGUUAGAGGGCUGGUGUUGAUGACUUUCAGUUGAGAUCCCUGCAUUUGCCUGAAGUACAGAGACUCCUCGCCAAACUCAUCAUACUCACGUAAAGGAUACGCUAAGCACCUAAACAAAUUUAGCUUAAAGGGUGUUAGGAAUACAAACCUGUAUUCCUAACACUAUAGUGUGCUCUGUCCCUAACUUAUUAGGUGCCCUCCAACUCGGGUAAGGAGAGAUUUAAAUCCCCCCUACACUUACCUCUUUCAUGAGACUAUGUCCCUUGGCGUUGGCUAGGUCUCCUCCUCCUGUGAUGUCACGCUGAUGAGGGUGGCACAUUACAGCUUCCCCCACAUGAAGCAUUAAUUCAUUGCUUUCCUAUGGAGAAUUUGAAGAUGAUUAGAGGUCCUCAUGCAAAGCGUGAGGAUGUCCAACGUCGUUUCAUAGAGUUAAGUAUUUAGAGUCUAGGAAGCUUCUCUAGUGACUGACUGGAAGACAGCCAUUAGAAGUUAUCUUAACCCCGUAGUGUUUCACAUUGCAGGGUUAAGGGGACAGGGGCACUUCACCCAGAACGCGUCAAACAGAUGAAGUGGUCUGGGUGCCUAUAGUUUCCCUUUAAUAAAGCAGUUGUGGUGUAUAGAUCAUGCUCCUUCAGUCUCACUGCUCAAUUCUCUGAAAUUUAUGAGUUAAAUCACUCUGUUUAUGCAGCCCUAGUCACACCUCCCUGCAUAUGACUCCAGUGAGCAUACAUAACUUACUCCUGAUCUACAAAUAUCAGACCAGAAAACAAGGGUGGGAAAUCUCUCCCUUAUGAAAUCUAAAGCAGAGGCAAUGAGUUCAAGGUGCAGAGGAAACCCUGUAGAGCCUGCACUUAUUCCCUUCUACCACCAUAACAAGCCUGUGCCUUUUAAUUGUGGCCUAUGGGUGUAAAGCUUAGAUUAAGAGAGUUGGCAUACUAAAAAACUGAAGCCACAAUAUGUAAGGCACACACCGUUGCACUAACCAGAUUACAGUCUGUUUCUGUGAAGAUGGAGGCGACUGAUGUUAGCUGAAGCAGAAUUAGCCGGUACCAGAUGGACCAAACACGGCCAUCAGAGUGGAGAAGAGACAUUGUUCAGUUUAUUCUGUAAUGUACAUAACAAAGAGUUCUGAUCUCAGGGGACAAAGAAAUUGGAAAUUACAGCCGCCAUCAGUCACACUGCCUGGUUCAGAUAAGAAAGGCACAGCAGCUUUGGCGAUACACAGAGAGUUAGAAAGUUCCGUAGCCAGGUCUCACUUAAUAAUAGCUGCAGGACUCCCUAAAUACCAACAACACACACACACACACAGAUUAUUGUGUGGCACACACACACACACAGAUAAGGCAGACAUGUAUUCGGGGAAGUAGAAUUCUAAAUCUGUUUUUGGAAGGAUUCCUGUUUUAAUUUUUUUAAUUUGCUGCAUGCGUAUCUAUGCAAACUUGCUAAAAAUCUUCCCUUUUGUGACAAAAAGCAUUCGCUCUCAACUAACCUCUCCUGCAUUCCCUUUUCCUUUAAUUGUAUUAGCAUUUACCCGUCACGCCAGGCUGUUUUGAGUUAAAAACUCUGUGUGUGCCAGAUUAUGUGCCCUUUGUUAAUAAAAUGUUUAACAGUGAAUUCAUUAUGAGGAUAAAAAUUAAGAAACAGUACUUUACAGAAUGGGCAGUGAAAACAAUUCAGACUAAUAGUGAUAUAGAAAGGGUAAUAGAUAUCCGGAAUAACCUUCCAGCGCUGACGGCUAACGGUGUUAUAGAAGGGGUUGUAGAUACAUGAAAUAGUCUUCCUGUUGGAGCUAUAAAGGUCAAAUGUGUGAUAGAAAGGAUAGUAUAUACCUAAAACAUCCUUCAAGUGGAAUCUGUGAAGGCUAACACCAUCAGGAUUUAAAGAAACAGUCCAAGCACCAUAACCACUACCUGGGUUACAUAGAAACAUAGAAUGUGACGGCAGAUAAGAACCAUUCGGCCCAUCUAGUCUGCCCAGUUUUCUAAAUACUUUCAUUAGUCCCUGGCCUUAUCUUAUAGUUAGGAUAGCCUUAUGCCUAUCCCACGCAUGCUUAAACUCCUUUACUGUGUUAACCUCUACCACUUCAGCUGGAAGGCUAUUCCAUGCAUCCACUACCCUCUCAGUAAAGUAAUACUUCCUGAUAUAAUUUUUAAACCUUUUCCCCUCUAAUUUAAGACUAUGUCCUCUUUUUGUGGUAGUUUUUCUUCUUUUAAAUAUAGUCUCCUCCUUGACUGUGUUGAUUCCCUUUAUGUAUUUAAAGGUUUCUAUGAGUAUGUUGCGUAAAAAGGGCUUAGCUUUGCUUAGGAACAUCCAGCUGUCCGAUGGUAGUAGUAGAGGCGGGGAACAGCAUCUGGUAGGCCCUAAGAAAGAAGUUGAGCCAAAAAUGGUCUGACUUCUUACAAUGUUAGGGCACCAGGUCGCUGUCGUGGUUAUGGUGCUCUGAGAGUUCCUUUAAAAAUGUUUGAGAGAGUGAGCUGUCAGUCACCUGCUAAAUCAGUAUGAUAGCACCAUGCAUUCUGACUCCCUGCUGGGAAAUAGCUGCUUGGAAUUCUGUGUAACUGUGAAAGGAAGGUGAGAAUACAGCAAUUAUUUACCCUAUUCAUGUGAUUUCAUCCUACGUAAUUACUAGCGCUUGUCUGAAGUUGACUGGAUUUAAAUCUUGAUAGUUAAAGAGGAAUUAUUUAUGCUUAACCAUUGUAACAUCAAUUCAUAGAAUGAAAACUUGAAAACCAGGCUUUCGAAACCUAAUAUGCAGAUUUAAUCCUGUUGUUACAUUCUUCACUCAAUGUAUCUUGAACACCAGAGUAUGUUGGCUCUAUACAAGAGUAUUUAUUAAAUAAAAAUAACUGUUUAGAGAUGAAAACUUGCAAGCAUUUUUUUUAAUUGGGUGUAUAUCUAAAAACAGCUUCCAAAAGAUGUUGUUCUCUUGUCUGCUGCCUUUGCAUGCCCUCCCCUUCUAACCCCGCCCACACUUUCUGUGGCUGUCCAAUCACAGACUUCCCAAAUGCAGCUCAAUGAGAAGUCAUUGCAAGGCAGGUACUCUGGGUAAUUGCUGACUCUUGAGUUUAGCUCCACUGAGCCAAAUAAACCAGGAUGAAACAGGACCGGUUGUCUGUUUGACAGCAUGUGGGGUGUGACAAGGUUAAUUUAUAAAAGUGUUAAUUUCUAUUGAAAUCUGUACUUUUCGUAAAAUGACAAAAGAGAACACUCUUCACACAAAGGUUUACAGCAAGCUAAACUGCUUUAAGGGUUUGGAGUGUCUUUUUAAAUAUUACCCAAGUCACUAGUCUCAUUUUAUCAACUUUGGAAGGAUGAGUGACUGGGUUGAUAUUGCUGGGAACUGGCAAGUAUGGAUUCAUGUUUUAGAAUUGCAACUUUAAAGGCUUUAAAUCCCCUUGACAAAUCUCCACAAUUUCCAGUUCCUUGAAUAAAUGUCGAAUAGAUUAGCAGAGCUCCUUCCUACGUCGUAUUCCUUCCUACAUCAUUUUAUCCCCCCUCAUAGCAGGUGCUGGGCUGUGAUGGAGCCCUGUAUACUACACACAGGUGUGCUAGAGGCUAAGAUGCCCUCUUCUCACUGAUUUAAUUACGGUUUAUCUGACACCUGUGGGAAUGGUAUGACAUGAUAAUCUGUCCCUUUGGUUAAAAAGUGAAAGGAUAGGAGGAUCAGGUCUGAGCAUCUCAGAAUGGCAGUUCUGCAAACAUUGGACUGAGAUCCUUUGUGUGCCGCAGCACUGGGAUACGGUAACCUGUCAUUAGCAUUUUCUGUUCUUCCUAAUCGCAUUGUCGCUGUGUCAAGGGCCUGCAAUUAUACCUGAAGCAAAACCCGGAUUAAUGUCAUCGAAAAAAAGGAUCAGGGGGCUAUUGGAAGCUGGGAUCAGAGAGCUGGUUAUUUACACGUUUAAUAAGACACUUCCAUCUGCUGGUGCUGUGUGGGAAUUUUCUGUACUGAUAGAAAUUGCCCUCUGUGAUAGGGGAUAAAUACAGAUAUUAACUCGAUUUUUGGGUUCAUGCCCAAAUCAAAAGGGGCAAUGAAGGCACUAACACAUGUUUGGUGCAAUAGGUAGGUUAGGGCACAGUUUGUUACGCUGGGUGAUUUUUUUUUGUUUUGUUUUUUAAACAAUUGGUACUUUUUGUUCCAAAAAUACUGAUUCUGUGCUAGGGAUAGGCAUCCGCCGGCAGCAUUAUGGCUGUACAGGGCAUUAUGGGAGAUGUAGUCCAUAACAUUUGGAGUGCUGAAGGUUGCCUACACAUGUUCUAUGCCAUCACUGGCAGCUAAUACUUGCCUGCAGCAGUGCAUGCUGGGAUUAGCUAUCACUGACCAAUUGCUGGACGGCAUCAAUAAAUCUGUAUUGACUGACCUCCACGCUGACUGACAGCCCUGGGAGCCAAUCACAGUGAGAAAGUUUGUCAUGUAAAGCUUGUCAUCACUGUGACUUGCUAUCAUAGAGAUUGAUUAGCCUUAGCCUAGAGGCCAUCAUACUAAACUGCUCAUGUAACAGUGAGUUAGGGUUAGCUAGGGUUACAAAUUGUGGUACAAUAUACUGACACGGAUAGUGUCACUUCUCCAAAUAGCGUCACUAGGAAGCAGAGAGACAUGUCAUAUUUAGGGCAUAUCUCAAAUUUGACCUUACAAGUUACUCAGACAUCAAGCAAAAGUAAAUAUGUAGGGUAUGUCUUCUUUUUUUGUCUUCUUUUUGCAAAUAGUGUGUCGUGAUGGGGCUAAAGUGCAAUUGGUGGUUUUUAUUUCAUCCCAAAAAGGGACGUGGCCAAUAUGAGUCAGUUGGUGAAAAUUGGAAAUUUGAAAACUGAAAUUGGGAUUCUGCAAUAUGAUCCUAUAACUUCUCAAAAAUCAAAAGGUCUACACGGGGUGUACUGCUGUAUUCGGAGGUAGAGGUAAAAAAAUAAAAAUCUGGUGGCAUGGUGGUGGGAUAGACAAGGUCUGUGAAAUGUAUUGUGUGAAAACUACAAACACACAAAAAACGUGCCAAAAAGGUUUCAAUUUCAUUAAAUCUUGGUCACUAAGGUAUUAAGUCACCUCAGUAAAAUAGCCAGAAACACAAAAUUAAAACCAUCCCUUUCCAGUAAUAAAUAGACUGUAGUGUAGACUAUUUGAAUUCCGAGGAUUCUGCUACAGCCAUAUUAAGAUUUAUUUAUUUUUAUAUUAUAUUUGCAUCUAUUAUCACUUGAGCGUAAAACAUCAAAUUACCCACCACGUGCAUUGCUUCCUCUGUCUGACAGCUUUAUUUACCCAUAUUUUAAACGUGUGUUAUGACUGGCGCAGGACUCAAGACACAGCAGCUUUGCCCAACGAAUUUCAUGACUAAUGUACAUUAUUCUACAGGACUCACAUGUCGCCCGUUCACUUAUUGAAGAGGAACAGUAACCUGGUAGUGGACAGCGUAUUGUAGCAUUUAAAUGUCUGCCUUGCCUAAAGUAGUGACUCAAUGCAGUUAAGCAAUUGGGGAGUUUAUGAGCUAUGAGAGGAAUUAGGGAAAAUUAAAGCAUUAAAUGUCUUGUCUGUGCCUGAUCUGAAAACAGUUGUGAUAUCAGUGUGAAAGUGUAAAUAAAUUGAACCAUUAUUAUUAUUAUUAUCGCCAUUUAUAUAGCGCCAACAGAUUCCGUAGUGCUUUACAAUAUUAUUAGAGGGGGGGAUUUAACUAUAAAUAGGACAAUUACAAGAAAACUUACAGAGACGAUAGGUUGAGGAGGGCCCUGCUCAAACGAGCUUACAGUCUAUAGGAGGUGGGGUAUAAAACACAUUAGGAAAGGAAAUUGCAGUACCAAGUAACCAUGCAUUAAAGAAGAACGAGUCUGUAAUCGCUACUCUUAAGUUCCGGAAUGAAACGUAUUGUUCUACCUGAAUUCCAGAAACCAUGAUCUUUGCCAUCUUUCUGGGAUGAUACGACCACUCUACAAUCCUGCCUUAUACUAAAUUGUUCUCCCUUACAGACUCAUGUCUCGUCUUCAUUCCAUUUUUACUCAUUGCCCAUUGGUCUUUACUUUACUUACUCUUUUUGUCAUGUUACAUUAUGUUCCACUAUUACAGUUAUUUCUUUUUUAUUUUUUCAAUGUUUAUUGUGUGAUUCUAUCUUUUAUGUGACAAAUCUCCCAAUAAAAAACAAGUUUCCCACAAAAAUACAAUUUUCUCAUCUUGACAGUUUUUCUUAGACUCUCGCAGGAAAUGAACUGUAUAACUAGAGAGGGCGCCUUUCCGAUUAUUUGAGAUCUAUAAACCAUAAUAGGAUAUUGAGUGUAAAUAAUACCUAGCGUCAGUACACAUGCACGUUCUGGUGAUUAAGCUCUGAUAUCCGAUGCAGGCUUAAGUUUGGAUCAGUGUAUCAAGAGGAAUCUCCCGAGUGCUUACUGUAGAAUAGCAAACUUGGCUCCCCAUAAAUCCUAAAUUCUGAGGAAGUGCCGAGACCUGCCUAGUCCGCAUAAGAUUUCCCUUAGUUACUCUGAGUUUUUUCUUUUUUCAAUCUAAGCACUUUUAUGGUGCCAUUAAAUCCUGAGAUGUAAGGAGGAGAUCAGUAUAGGGACAUGGAGAGGGGGUUAAUUUUGGUCAUUUUAAACUAUCUCUAUAUCUAAUAUUCUUACUGAAUGAGGCUUGUCUUUUUAUGUACUUUUUAUGUACUUUAACACUUAAAAAGUAGGAAACCCAGCAAGAUACAGUUUAUUUAAUUCCCUGUAACUUUCUUUGUACUUUUCUUCGAUGGAAGCUGAUACCUUACCCAUGUCUUACUCAAUGGGAAAAGGAUCUGCACACAUCUUAGGGGGGUCAUUGGGGAAAUCCGUUCAUGUCUAAUUUGAAAAACAAAUGUAUACAAUUCUAAUGAGGUGGUAUACAACCCCAUUAAAACUGUUUUACAUGACAUGGGUCAAGCUACCAUGGUUUUCUUUAGGCAACUGUGUGCCCACUGAUGUCCCUAUGUUUAUCUGUAGUGGUAUGGCCCAGAGGUCACCCCAUUCAGGGAAGAGGUCUGACUGUUAUUAGCCAGAAUUUUCCAUAGACAUAAAAUUCUCACUGUUAUUAACGACUCUCUCUUCUCCUUGUCUCAGAGACCAAUCAUGAUGUUGUGAUUUAUGAAAUAUUUCAGUAUCUGUUUAUGAUAUAUUUUGUUCAUGUAAUGCACCAUAAAACUGUUGUCUGUCACAUAGGUUAAGGUGCAAUAAGCCCCCUACAUUCUUGCACAAAAUUACUUGCAGGACAAAUUUACAUGUCAGGUGCCCUUAGGCACCGAUUUCUAAGGUACCCCUGCUUCCCCCCCUCCCGUACGUAAAAAAAAACAGAUACUUUGAUAAAGCCCAGUUAAUGUGGUGAAAUGUGUUAGGGUUAUAUUUUAGUGUGUUUUAUGUACUUUUAAAGAUACUUUUAAUAAAACAAAUUAAUUUCUAAUACUCCUGGACAAUCCUGUUUUGUUCCUGACACCUGGACAUCAUAUUCCUUUGUGGUGAAUGUACCACAUACACUUUGAGAAUUGAGCAAAAUACUUUUUUUUUUUGCUCCACACUUGUGAGUGCAUUUCCUAUUAUGUUUACACCUUUUCAAACUACAGUGUGCACAAUAUUUUAUUUUUAUUCACAUAUCAUUACAGUGGGAAUUACAACUACCAACAUAUCCAAGAGUGGGGAUUUUGCCACUUCGCGCUAUCUAUUGGGAGCCGUCUUUAGGCUCUUUAAAAUGUGAAUGUAUCUUUAUAUACAAUAUCUUCAAUAUCUGUGACACCACAUAUACUGCACUAUAUCGGAAUCUAUUCUGUUUAUAUUGCAUAACCUCCGGACCACCUCCCAUUGCAUCAAAAGACACACCUCACAUCAUCAGGCAUGGAUCAUACCGCUCAGGCACACAAGAAGUGAAUCUCUUUUUUUUUAAACCAAUGCUAAACUAUGUAGUUUUUCUACUGUUCCUUUGUCUUGUUACAAACUUGGCCACAACAGAGGACUUCUCUAGGCGCUGCUCCUCUUAUAUACAGGUGAUACUCGAAAAAUUUGAAUAUUGUGCAAAAGUUUAUUUAUUUCAGUAAUGCAACGUAAAAGGGGAAACUAAUAUAUGAAAUAGACGCAUUACAUGCAAAGCAAUAUAGUUCAAGCCGUGAUUUGUCAUAAGUGCGAUGAUUAUGACUUACAGCUCAUGAAAACCCCAAAUCCACAAUCUCAGUAAAUUAGAAUAUUGUGAAAAGGUGCAAUAUUCUAGGCUCACAGUGUCCCACUCUAAUCAGCUAAGUAAGCCAUAACACCUGCAAAGGGUUUCUGAGCCUUUAAAUGGUCUCUCAGUCUGGUUCAGUAGGAAUCACAAUCAUGGGGAAGAGAGUUGUGCAGAAAACCAUCGCGGAGACACUGCAUAGGGAGGGAAAACAUCAAAAGGUAAUUGCGAAAGAAGUUGGAUGUCCCAAAGUGGGAUAUUGUGUAUCAAAGCACAUUAAUAGAAAGUUAUGUGGAAGGGAAAAGUGUGGAAGAAAAAGGUGCACAAGCAGCAAGGAUAACCGCAGCCUGGAGAGGAUUGUCAGGAAAAGGCCAUUCAAAUGUGUUGGGGACUUUCACAAGGAGUGGACUGAGGCUGGAGUCAGUGCAUCAAGAGCCACCACACACAGACGGAUCCUGGACAUGGGCUUCAGAUGUCGUAUUCCUCCUGAACAACAAACAACGUCAGAAGCAUCUUACCUGGGCUAAAGAAAAACAGACCUGGUCUGUUGCUCAGUGGUCCAAAGUCCUCUUUUCUGAUGAGAGCAACUUUUGCAUCUCAUUUGGAAACCAAGGACCCAGAGUCUGGAGGAAGAAUGGAGAGGCACACACUGCAAGAUGCUUGAAGUCCAGUGUGACGUUUCCACAGUCUGUGUUGAUUUGGGGAGCCAUGUCAUCUGCUGGUGUUGGUCCACUGUGCUUCAUUAAGUCCAGGGCCAACGCAGCUGUCUACCAGGAGACUUUGGAGCACUUCAUGCUUCCUUCUGCAGAAGAGCAUUGUGGGGAUGCUGAUUUCAUUUUCCAGCACCUGCCCACACUGCCAAAAGCACCAAAGCCUGGUUCAAUGACCGUGGGAUUACUGUGCUUGAUUGGCCAGCAAACUCGCCUGACCUGAACCCCAUAGAGAAUCUAUGGGGCAUUGCCAAGAGAAAUAUGAGAGACAUGAGACCGAACAAUGCAGAAGAGCUGAAGGCCGCUAUUGAAGCAUCCUGGUGUUCCAUAACACCUCAGCAGUGCUACAGGCUGAUAGCUUCCAUGCCACACCGCAUUGAGGCAGUAAUUGCUGCAAAAGGGGCCCAAACCAAGUACUGAGUCCAUAUGCAUGCUUAUACUUUUCAGAGGUCUGAUAUUGUUCUAUGUACACUCCUUGUUUUAUUGAUUGCAUGUAAUAUUCUAAUUAACUGAGAUUGUGGAUUUGGGGUUUUCAUGAGCUGUAAGCCAUAAUCAUCGCAUGUAAUCUCAUAUAUUAGUUUCCCCUUUUACGUUGCAUUACUGAAAUAAAUGAACUUUUGCACGAUAUUCUAAUUUUUCAAGUAUCACCUGUAUAUAUACAUCCUACCUAUAGUCAGGUGCCUACAAGCCCAAUACAAAAAUUACAGAUAACUGAAGGAUUUGCAAAAAACAUCACUGUGCCUGUAAGGCCUUAUCCUCUGUGACAGACAUAGAAAUCAGACUAAUUUGCAGGUAUUAAAAAAGCAUAUAUUCUACUGCAGUAGUUCUGUGAUGACCAGAUACCUGUGUAUGUUGCCCAUAACCUCCUCUCCCCUCGCUGUCCCUGUAUUCUUGAAAUAGGUAUCAAUAUUCACAAGGCAGGGGGUUGUGAAUUAAACACAGAAGCAACUGUCUACCUAUGUACUAACGUGCAAUGUUUCCCUGUCUUGCAGCUUUAAUCAUUCAACCUCUGAUCGCACUACCUAGAUUCUUUGCCCAGACCCUGGUUCUGGGAGUUAAAUUCCAAAUAUCUUGAAAAGAAAGGGAUUUUGCUUGUAAGCUAAUCAGUAUUAUAUUUCAAAUCCUUGGACUUUAGCUAAGCUGGCAUUUAAUCUCAGGAGAUCAGUAGAGUUAUUUAAUCUAACUGGAUCUGCCUCACUAUGUGAUAAAGCAAUUAUUCCCUGGAGGCAACGUAUGCCAGGGACAGGAGUGCUGUUGUACCCACGUCCACGUGUAUGGUAUGCAGUUUACAAGGGUGGCGAAGGGGGUAGUCCUCCGUUACGGUAGAUAAGGGGUGUUUAGAUGUGUUUCUCAAGCUCCUGCCAUUUCUGGCCGUUGCAAUGUCUACUUGCCAAUUAAAUACUCUCUAAGGCUGAAGUUAACCACCCCAUUUUAUGCAUUAAAAUAACAAAGAUGGUUAUCUCUAAAUCUCUAAAUUUGUGAGCUGAUCUGCAAAGAACAGGGACUGACUGAGUUUUCUCCUGCACAGAUGGACAUGCAGAUUAGCAAUAGCAAGUGCUUUUGUUUAUGAACAGCGCUACGGAUUUGCUGGCGAUAUAUAAAUAAAAAAAAAAUAAUAAUAAUGAAGGAAACAUGAAUAAAACUGCUGGGUAACCUAAUAGAACACAGUUUGACAUCCACUAGACUGCUAGGUAGCUUUAAUGUUUUCAUAAAUUUACUAUGACAGCAUAGCACCCAUGUGUCCCUAUUUAGGAGGGACAGUCCCUAUUUUGGGCCGGUAUCCCUCCUUUCUAGGAGCUCCACAUUGUCGGUGUAUUUUACAUAAAUAAAAUGCCCCAUUUGAAAUAUUGUGAGGUAUGUAACAGAAUCCGUAGAUGUCUCGGUUAGCAUAUACACAUUAUAUCAGAUGUGACUGUAUGGAUGAGGAUUGUGGGUAUGGGGAGAGAGGCAUACAGCCCUGUAGGAUUAACUAACAAGAGUAAGGCAAACUAUUGUAACAAAAUGUAUACAUAAGUGGUCUUGGUGCCUGAGAACCCUUUAGAUUUAGAAAACUCUGCCAUUAAAAAAACAAAAAGCUGUUUUUGUGGUUGGGUAUUCUGUAGUAUUUACCAAUAUUUUCUUGAAAUACAAAUGUAAGAAAUUACUCUACUCACAAAUUAUUGGAUCUUGUGUGCCAACUGUUAAAUCUGAAAUGUGCUCUGUCUCCAUGUCUUGUUUCCCUGUUUUUGUCCAAUACUUUUGUUCAUGAUCAGUACUUCUACAUCUUCUCAGUAAGAUAGCAGACAGUCAACAGUCCCUAUGUUUUACAUGUGUAUCUCCCUUUAAACAUGGCCCAUACCAUGUACACAACCAUGUCGCACCCUGUAGAUCACGCCCCAGAGUCUCAUAGUCUCAUUGUGCGACAAGACAGUGUACGGCAGAAACAAAGAAACCAGCAGGCUGACUGAUAAAAUAUAUAAAUAUAGAGUGCAAAAAAAAAAAAACCCUUUGGAAAUCUGCAGCUAACAGCCAGCGACGCCGAAGUCUCUGGGAGCUGAUAUCCCAAACCUCAUGUCACUUGCUGAUGUGUGUGUUCAUUAAGUCUCUCUGCGCUGCCCCCAUUACUCCCCGCUAUCUGGACUUAUUAAGAUAUCCUGUCUUUUUUUUUCGGUACAUCCACACUGGCAGUUCAAUUAUGUCUGGGUACUAUUUCCUAUUUUAUUCAUGGUCUAUCUAUGGGAGGCCUGUCACACGCGCGCACACCUCCUUAUAAACCCGCAUGAUAACGCUCGCUGGCAGCUGAAUACUAAUGCCCGCCUGCAUCCUGCUUGACAAAUACACAUGGUAGUUAUUAACCAAGUGAUCAUUCCGAUCCAUUAACACCACAUACAUCAAAAGCCUUCAAAGAAUAUUAUUACGUCCAUUCAUCUUUUCAUAAACAAUUAUCUGACAGGGUCCGGAGGAAUUAAUGUGCUGUCGAGGAAGCGAAAGUCAUGGUUGGGAGUAGCAAGUAGCUACUGCAAGCUUGACCCUUUCAGUACCAGGGCAGCAAUGCAUUCCCUGCUUGGCACUCAGAGGGUUCCAAAUCCAUUCUUCCUGCAGGUACACAGCUUCGGAAACCAUUCCUUUUCACUGUGUCAUCCUUAGCGAUCUCUCAGUGAAUGAAAAGGAAACUGGUUUUAGUUCUUGGUAGUACUGAAAAGAAAUGCUUUAUAUCUCAUAUUGGGAAUGUAGUAGAUUUGUCAGUUGAACCCAUUUUUUAAUAUGAUGAUUAAAGCACACAAUCAAUUUUGUUUUAGUUUACUGCCCCUUAUUGUUGAAGGGCACCUAGAGGUAUGAUCAAGGUAAAAACAAAAUUAGUUUUAAUAUUAAAUCUUGCAAAAACUGGACCCCAACAUAUGCAUGCACAACGGUUCUACAAUGUACAGAUUCACCACUGAAAGCUUCGUCUGUUAGGGUUUGGUUAUUAAACCAGGCAGCAUACUAUGUUAAAACAUUAAAAUGUUGGACAUUGUUUUAUAUCUCAUAUAUGGAAUGUAUCAGACUUCUCAGGUUAUCAACAAACAUCUUUAUAUUAAAGCAGAACAGUCACUUCUGACAGUCACCCCACUAAUGUUACUGGAUCAUUUACUGGGGUGAGAAGGGCAGUUGAGGCAAAUCUAAAUACAAACCUCUGCAGGACAAUCGUGACCACUGCCUCACGAUGGCCAGGUAUGUUCAAAGCAAUAUCAUAUAUGUGCACAUGGCACGGUGGGGGUUAAAGAACCACUAUAGUGCAAGGAAAACAAACUUGUUUUCCUGGCACUAUAUAAUCCUUAGGACACCCCACCCUCAGGACCCCCCACCCUCAGGGCCCCCCUCCCGCUGGGCUAAUGGGGUUAAAAGCCCUUAAGCCACUUACCUUAAUCCAGCGCCGUGCUCCCUCUGCGCUGGUGACCUCUCCUCCCCCUCCGACGUUAGCUCCCAAGUGCGCAUGCACGGCCAAAGGAACGCCCAUAGGAAAGCAUUUCUCAAUGCUUUCCUAUGGACGUUCUGUGGGCUCAAUGCGACUUACACAUUAAGCGUUGCGGAAGCGCCUCUAGAGGCUGUCAGGUAUUGUAUUAUAUGUGCUUGGUAUGUUGUAUCUUUCACAAGGCAUAUUAAUCUUAUUUAGAUAAAAAUGGCACAAACUAUAGCAAAAUUUUAGCCUAGUUAAGUUACUAAAACAAGGAAUAAUAUUUAACUUUCAAAUAUUAUUUUACUGUCCCUUAAAGGACAUCUUAAGAUACUACAUGUAAAAGUCAAUGCGUUGCGCCGUUAUUACUAUAUGGCUGUUAUUGCUAUGAAGGGACCCCACCAUUCCCCACCAAGGGUCCAUUCUACGCGGUUACGCUAUUCAAACAGUUAAAUCUUCGCACUGAUGAUUUUGCACAAUAAACAGGCAGUGUAUUGUAGGUAUAAAUAUCUAAAGCACGAGAACAGGCAGUUGAAAUUUUUUGCGACUCAUCGUACCUUAUUUCCUUAUCAGCAUUCACCUGAAGUGGCGCUCUCUGAGAAUUCUCUUAAUUACAUGCAAAUUAAGCAUGCUACAAGUGCUUAAUAUAGACUUUAAGAGCCUUCACUAGUGUUCGUAUGAAGAUAAUGGUUUGGUAAAUAAAGUGAAUGUUAAUUAACUUAGUAAUUUAAAGAUGUGUUUGGACCUUUAUAAGUCAUUGUGCAGGCGGCUAGAAAGAUUAAUGGUGCUCUCACUUUGUCCACUAGCUGUUGUCAGACUGCAAAUCCCAUUAUUCUCUGCAAAUCUUGGGAUACUGUCCCUACAGUGGCUUUCUAGCUGUUAUUGGACUCCAAUUCCUACAUAUCUCUGCCACACACUAUGCUGGCCACAGGGCUGUAUUUGCCACGAGGCAAACAAAGCAUUUGCCUAGGGCGGCACUUUCAAGGAGGUGGCAAAAAACGCUGCCCUAAGUGCAAGGCAAGUGCUUUGUUUGCCUCACAUCCUGGGGGGGAGCCAGAGGUGGCCGGUUGGCUCAUAGUGUAGGCGAGCGGCGAGGGAGCGCAAUCCUCUGAGCUCUUCCUGCUGCCCCAUACGCCCCUCUGUGAUGCCAGGAGCUGGAAUAUGACGUCACUCCUGCCCCAGCAAUGCACGAGGGAGCAAAACAGGAAGACCUCAGUUCCCUCACCACCACCGCCUGUCCGCACGCCCACCCAGCUGAGCCAGCAGCCCCAGCAAGGAGCCCAGCAACGGUGAGUGUGUGUGGCUGUCAGUGAGUAUGUCUGUCAUUGAGUGUGUCUGUCAGUGAGUGAGUGUGUGUGUUUGUCAGUGAGUGCGUCUGUCAGUCAGUGAGUGAGUGUGUCUGUGUCUGUCAGUGUGUGUGUGUCUUUGUCUUUAGUGAGUAUGUCUGUGCCUGUCACUGUGUGUGUAUCUGUCAGUGACUAUGUCUGUGUCUGUCACUGUGUCUGUCUGUCAGUGUGUAUCUGUCUGUCAGUUAAAGUGUUUGUCAGUGAGUGUAUGCAUGUCAGUGUGUGUCUGUGAGUGAGUGAAUGUGUGUGCCUGUCAGAGUGUGUGUGUAACAUUUUAUCUUGUCCCAGGGUAACAUUCCGUAUGAUCCCCGGGUAACAUUCUAUCUUGUCCUAGGGUAACAUUCUGUGUCAUUCCAGAGUAACAUUCUAUCUUGUCCCAUGGUAACAUUCUGUAUGAUCCCUGGGUUACAUUCUAUCUUGCCCCAGGGUAACAUUCCGUAUGAUCCCCGGGUAACAUUCUAUCUUGUCCCAAGGUAACAUUUCGUAUGAUCCCUGGGUAACAUUCUAUCUUAUCCCAGGGUAACAUUCCAAGUAAUCCCCUGGUAGCAGUCUAUCUUGUCCCAGGGUAACAUUCCAUGGUAUCAUUCUGUGUCCUCCCAGGGUAACAUUCCAUAUUAUUCCAGGGUAACAUUCAAUGUCAUUCAAGAUUAACAUUCCAUCUUGUCCCAGGGUAACAUUCUGUGUCUUCCCAGGGUAACAUUCCAUGUUAUUCCAGGGUAAGAUUCUGUGUCAUUUUAGGUUAACAUUCUGUCUUGUCCCAUAGUAAUAUUCUGUGUCUUCCUAGGGUAACAUUCUAUCGUGUCCCACUGUUACAUUCCGUGUCAUCCCUGGGUAACAGACUAUCUUGUCCCAGAGUAAUAUUCCAUGUCUUCCCAGGGUAACAGUCUAUCUUGUCUUGGGGUUACAUUCCAUGGUAACAUUCUGUGUCAUCCUAGGUUAACAUUAUAUCUUGUCCCAGAAUAAUAUUCUGUGUCUUCCCAGGGUAACAUUCUAUCUUGUCCCAGAGUAAUAUUCCGUGUCAUCCCAGGUUAACAGUCUAUCUUGUCUCACUGUAACAUUCCGUGUCAUCCCAGGGUAACAGUCUAUCUUGUCCCACUGUAACAUUCCGUGUCAUCCUAGGGUAACAUUCUAUCUUGUCCCAGAGUAAUAUUCCAUGUCUUCCUAGGGUAACAUUCUAUCUUGUCCCAGAGUAAUAUUCAAUGUCUUCCAAGGGUAACAUUCUAUAUUGUCCCACUGUAACAUUCCGUGUCCUCCCAGGGUAACAUCCCGUGUCCUCCCAGGGUAACAUUCUAGCUUGUGGUAACCUACUCUUCAGAGGGGCAUGUACCAGGAUCAUUGCCCAUCUUGCCCAAUCAUUUUAGCUUUAAUGACAGGAGUAUUUGAAAAUACAUUCUAUAAUACAUGUUUCAACUGAAACACAUCAACCUACAAACGAUAAAACACAAAAACCUACAAGUAAACUUCUAUUUUGGUACAUAUUCCGGUUAAAAAGGCAACAUCUAAUUUUCUUCUAAAAACGGUAAAAUGUACAAAAUAUACAAGCGUAAAAGAAAGCCUCCAUUCUGAUCUCUGCUAAACCCGCAUAUUUAAGAACGUUCUCGCAGUGGCACAAGCGAAUGGAAACCUAGACAUAUUACCCCAUAAUCCCUCACACAUUUUGGUUGACGGAUUGCUUGACAUAAUUGAACAAGAAGCCAUAUAUUUUACACCCCAGCCUGAGGUGAAAAACUCCUCUUUAUCACAGAGCGGAUGAUGUGCAAUAUAUUGCACAACAUGAAAGAUCACAUUCUUUGUAUAAUUUGAGAAAUAACCUUCUCUGUGGGUCCCUCUUCAGCUUUGAAAGCUUUCCAUCAAUGAGAUAAUGCUUAUAGGAGAUGGGAUGUGUGCAUCAGUCUCCACCAGCCCAGAGGCCCUUAUCACCUUUUACUAUCAUGUGCGUGGAUUUUCAUAGGGUUGAUGAGAAAUGCGGACUCUUCUACGAAUAAUCGCGUGGAGCGAGGAAGCAGAGGUUUAAAGAGGUUAAAGAUUUCUAAGGAAUAACGGUGGUAAGCACAUUUCAGCAGGAGACGAUAAAAAAGGAGACUGUCCUCUAUAGGAUGGAUAGUGUCUGAGUUUUUACAGAAAAGGAUAUAUCAGAAAGGAUAAUCCCUGUUUGAUACAAGACAGUCAUAUUGUCUUAUGCCUUUAGUGGGUUUAAUUAACAUUAAGACCGUUUUGGCACAAUAUUUUGUUAGUUAAAAUGAACUUUUGUUUUUUAUUAUAAAAUAUUAACACUGUUACUGUACGGUUUAUAAUUACCUUUCUUAAUGUUUGUAGCAAAAUAUGAAAAUGAACUACUAGUAUUAAAUUUAAAUCUUAUUUUUUUUUAAUUGAAAUUUCAAAAAUAUUACACAUAGACAUUUUAAGUUACAAAAUAGCAAGAAUAUUAAUGCCAAAACAGCUCUUUGUUUAGACUUUCGCAGUAUAAAAAUAUCGUAAGGCUUGGAUAUCCAAAUUAUUCUACCGAGAUAAUUAAAUGAAACAAAAAUAUGAAAAAAAUUCAAAAAGCAGUUUAUAUUUUUUUCCCUAAAAUUCUUGUAAGUAAGUUUAUAGGAAGGAUGAAGAAACAGGUACUACAGGUGUUUAACUAUCCACAAGACAAGGUGCUUUGAGCCAGGGCUGAAUCACAGGGUAAGUAGUGAGGGUUGAUGCCAAGGUCAGGGCAGACACAGAUCAUGUCACAAGACUAAGAAACAUAACGAUCAAAAGGAGUUCUGAACAGGUAUAUAGAUUCAAUAGCAAGGUUAAACCAAACUCCAAAUUACUGAAAAAUUAAGUAGCAGGGGUGACAGGCACCUGAAACUGCACUCAAACACAAAAAAAAAAGUAAUAGAAAAAAAUCAUUGCCACAGACAAUUGCUUAUGGUGCAGAGUAGGUAAGAUUUUAUUAAAGUACAGACAAACACAGUACUCUAGUCCGUGAAACUGAAAAUAAUUGCUUUUCAGUUAACGGCUUUGUAAAACAUUUUUUUAACUAAACUCUAGUUAAUCUGCACCCUUUAGCUGUUCUUUUACCAGAAGGUUAUUAGGCUUGUUUGCUAAACCAGAAAUUGUAGAUUAAUUGAUAGAGGAACUGCAAUUUUAAGCUAGAACAGUAAAACUGGAAAAUCUCUCCAAAUGAGCAAUUUUAACCCUAAAAAGGCCUUAGCACUCACCCUGAUGCAUGAUCUGAUUGGCUGACCUCACAGAGCCAUCGGAUGAUGCAUUAACAACUACCCCCAGCGUACGUCCUGAUUGGUCCGCUCGGGGUGAGCGGCAAUGCCUUGCAGAACCAAUCAGUUUAUGCAUUAAUGCCUACCCAAAUGCAUGAUCUGAUUGGUCCAUGAGGUUGACCCACUUAAAUGAAAUUCGCAGCAGGCCAUUUCAAUGUACUUUUAACAUCAACGCAUUCGUUUUGAUUUUGUCAAAUGUAGCGCUAUGAAUUCAAAGGAGAUUGAAAAGAUUUAUCACAAUCUUCACAAUUAAUAGGUUUAAACGUUUCCAUCACUGGCUCUUGGUUGGUGUCUUCAGUGUACCUGUCACAUCAACGCAUACUUUGUGAUUUCGUCAAAUGUGGCAAUAUAAAUUUGCAACAAGCAUCCUACGCAGAAAAGGAGAGAAGCGGUAUGUGUACUUGUGUUUGCUGAACUUUACACUGAUAAAAUAUGUAUAGAUAUAUUAACUUUGUGGCUAUUAAUACAUCAUUAUCUUUCCAUAUAAAAUCUGCCAGUAUAAAAAGCCAACACCUUUGAAUGCAAAUAGCAACGUUCCAGAUUUGUGCCCAUGGGAAUAAUGACUAAUGUGAGGGGGUUAUGGUGUUUUAUCACAGUUUAUCACACCUCACAACUACAGUUAUGUACAUAGUGCCAAGAUAUUCCACAUCCCAAUACAAUGGGAAAAACAAAAGACAAGCUGUUUCUACAAACAAGUAUAAGGACAGGAGGGGAAGAAAGUUAGAGUUGCAACAACUAUUCAAUUGAAUUUGAUGAUGAGAAUUGUUGUCAGUGAUUAGUUAUCAAUUACUUGUUGCAAUUACUUUUAAAAGACACGCGGUCGCAAUGCCAGAACCUUGAUUGGUCAGAUCAUGAUGUCAUUGGUUUUACAAGGUGUUAAUGCUCACCCCGAAAGGACCAAUCAGAUCAUGCAUCAGGGAUACGCUUUAAUGCAUGAUCUAAGUGGUCUGUUGGUCUGUGAGAUCACCCAAUCAGAUCAUGAAUCGGGGUGAGCUCAGACACCAUUUAAAAUUUGCCAUUCUCUGGCCAGCUUUCUACAAUUCACAGUUUAGUCAAUAAUAGCUGUAUACAUUGAUAUUCUUUGUUGUUGUAUAACGCACAGCCUUUGUUACAAGAAUAUUAGGUUUAUUCACUAAACCAUGAUUUGAGGAGAGUUGGCAUGUGGUCUGUAGAUUGUAAGCCACAAUAACUAGGGUUACCAGACGUUUACCAAACGGAGGUCAUGGGGGAACAUAUUUAGGGCACUCUUACAACUUAAAUAAGAUUAUGUUGUUAAAGUGCCUACAGAGUUCCUUUCACUUUGAAUUCUUACCAUAGAGAAUAAAACUGAAAUACUUAAAUUGUUUAAUUUAUUCAUAACUAACUCUAAAUUUCCCAACAUAGGUACAGCUUUCCACCACCCCCUCCACUACCCUUGGUGAAACUCCAAUUGGUUUUUCGUGCAAGUCUAAAAAUGAUAUUAAGCCUAGCAAUAACCAAAUUUGAAAAAUAGCUAGAUUGGAGAGUAUUCUAAUGUAACUAUUGUGGCUCAAAGAUUGCAAGUCCUUUGUCCUUUCUGCACCACCCCAGCUUCGGUGGAUAAACAUCUAUCUUCAUUUUAGCUACUAACGCUAUCGCUCAGCUACAGGAACCAGAGGAUGGGGAGGGUUAAAAUGCAUUAUCGAGAAGGCAUCCCUCCUGCACUUAAGGGAUUAAAGGCCAAGUUAUAGAGCAAUAUCAUCCCUUCAAGGAGACACAUUCACAUUUCGCUAAGCAGACAAGGGGAAGCAGGGAAGGAGAUCCUAAUAGGAAUUUCAUGUUGAUUGAUACACCUGGAUGGAAAUUUAUGAUGAGAAAUGUUUGUUUGAGGCUGAGCUGAUAGACGUACAGGCCAUUUUGGGGCCGUAGCCAAGUAAUAAAGUAACUGUUGUCUUAAGAUGAUAUAAAGCUAUGCGGUGUCAGGGGAUGUUUUAAAAAUAUAAUGUGGAAAAUGGAUUCCAUAUGAAAGUCUGGAAAGAGAUAUUUCGUAGGCCGGAAUGAAUUGUGUCCCUUUCCUGUUAAACUAUCACUCGUAUACUUACUGGAUGAAUAAACAAUGGCCUCCUUAAAUCGAAAUAUAUCGAUAGGCUGGUAUAGCACAUACAUUGAUUACAUUACAGGGAUAGUAUCUACAGGAGCUAACGAGUUGAAAUUAAAGGAAAGUAAUCUCUAUCUUACUGCUGGAUCCAUCAGAAUGAUAUUUGGGGCUUUUUAAAUUAACAGUGGAAUGCUGUGGAUAUUUGUGCCAACUUCGCUGUUUUAACCUAAAGUUUGCAAAGUAUCUGUAAAUGAACCACGUCGCAGCAAUUAGUGAAUAAAUCCUUUUUGUCUUGGUUUUGGUGGUGUCUCUGCCCUAAUGCUCGUUGCUCAGUAUUAAUCACAACACAACUAAGUUGUGCUUACCCCCAAACUAUUCCUAAUGUCUGCACACUCAGACCUUACUAGUACAUUCCACUGCACACCAGACUUCUUAGAAAAGGUACAUUUAUUUGCAGAAAAGGGAAAAAUAUAAAACAUGGAACUACAAGCAAAAGAUUGCCUAGAUCAGUCCUCAUAUGCGCCAGUCCUAUAUCAGAUAGUAUGUGAAGGGUGAUAACAACAUGUUCUGUGAUCCUACCCUGCCAUAAUAUGCAGUAAAUCCCACUGGAGAAAAAUAUGUAAAAAAAAUAUAACAGAUGCUACGAAAAAUGAUAAAAGUACAGCACCUGUGAGAAGGUGGAAGAACCACAUAGAAGUGACCCAAGGAAGGAACGAAAUGUACCCGAACGCAUUUCACGCCAGGCACUGCGCUUUCUCAACAGGCAUGAAUUGCGUUCGGUGCAUUUUGGUCCUUCCUUGGGUCACUUCUAUGUGGUUCUUCCCCCUUCUGGUAGACAGCCACUACAGGCAAUUUAGUACUGCAAUGAGUUUCUCGAAAACUGCAGUGAUCUUCAUUGUAGGACUAAAGGGGGCAGGGACACGGCUCCCCAACAAGUGAGUGCUUCUAAUCCCCACAAUUGGUUGUAUCACUUAUUGUAAACAUGUUGCUGUAAGCUUUGUAUGAUUUCUAUUGUAGAUUUUAGACACAUUUCCACAAGUGAAUGCAGGUAUAUUUAUAUUUUAUUUGGUGAUUGGCCAUACCACGGCUUACCCCCAAACUCUUAUCGUUUACUGCUUCAUAAUGCCUUGUCCUCUUAAGAAAUAAAAAAUGUGUUCUCAUUAAAAAAAAAAAAACAGUACAAAUAUAAUAAAAAGAAAAAAAAUGAAUAUAGGCAUUAAAGAGAAAACAAAAGGUUAAAGUGACUUUGAUAUGUAAUGCAACUCAGAAGGUUCAUCUUAAAUGUGCAGUGUUUUUGGCCAGCAUUCAAAUUAAAUAGUUAUUUAUACGUUACAGUAUAAAAGGCAUAAUGUUCAUUAAGUCAUCAUUCACUCGGCAGGAGUGUUCAGAGCUGUAUCCUCGCUAAUAGGACAAUCCUCUCUAUUCAGCAGCCGAGAGAUUUAUCCUUACACGUUGGAGGGGUAUCCCCGGACCUUUGUUUCUGGUGUCUAGGAAACAUUCUUUCGCUGUGUCUCCGUUAGCAGUGAUGUGUUGAUGAGAUUGUUUUGGUUGGCUGAGACCCUAAUUACUUUUUUCUAUUUUUUUUUAUUAACUCUUACAUAUCUUCCAGUGACUCAUAAAACGUAUGGUGUGGAACAGAGCUCCAAGGCGUUGCUGUAUUGUGUCCUGAGCAGCAGGCUUGUUCAAUAGACAGUUUCAAUAAAUGGUUUGGAGACAAUUUAUGUAAAAUAAUAAAUAAAGAUGAACAAUUUAGAAGAUAUGCCAAAUAAAACAUACAUGUAAUUACGUUUGCACGUUGUCUUUGGGGAUGUGUAAAAUAUUGGAUUUCGAGUGUUGCAGAUCUAAUAUCUGCAGCUACUGCAAGUCCUUCCCUUCUGCCCAGCACAGAUUAUCUCGUCUUUGCCAGGGAACGACCAACCAGAGGCUUCUCAGAAGUUUCGCGUGUCAGCCGCGCAUUCACAUACCUACCAAGUGUGUCCACUUAGGAAGCGUAAUAUUUUUCUAUUCUAGGCCCAAAUCCAUCUGUCUCUCUUUUUAUCCUAAUGCCCCUAUUUUCUAUGAGCUCCAUAUUGUUGGUGUCUCAGUGUAUAACAGAGCUCCACAGCAAUAAUACUCCCAGUAAUGUGACUUUAAACUACAAUAAAAGUGUUUAGAAAUCAGUUGGUGCAAAUAAGAUCCAUUGUUCUUGUUCUAAAUGACAUUUUAGUUGCGUAAACUGUUUUCAGUAAGUCACUAGAGCUUUCUCAGAACAACCCCACCCUAAUCACACCCUUAUUAAAAUUCAAUUUGUGGAAUGCAUGUCACAAUUUCAUAUUUCAUACCUCCUAACAAUCCUGUAUACGGUGGGACAGUCAUGAUUUGGGAUCCCUGUCCUACCGUCUCAAGUUUUUUUUUCCUCUGGGAUAUCAGAGAAAUGCCUCAUAAAGAGCAGAGCGUGUGCGUCAUUAUAUGCCUUUUUGCCUUUUCCGAUCAACGCAAAUUAACGCUGAACUGUUGUACAGCGCUACGGAAUUUGUUGGCGCUAUAUAAAUAAUAAAAUAAUAAUAAUAAUAAUAAUAAUAACUGUUUUCGAUAAUCCAGGCUCAUGUUCAAACUAUGGGAACUGGGAGGCUGGAUGAUAACCGUCAGGGAACGAAGAGGAGGAAAAAGUGUUUUUACGUAAAUUUACGAACCCGAAAUUUAUGAAACCCAAUGCGGCUGCUUGGAAUUGGUGCAUUCUUUUCUGCCUGCACUUGGACACUUUGUCUGCGUCUGUUUGCACUUAAUAAUACCAUGUCUAAACAAUAAUCAACAAAGCAUGGACGCCAACGGUGUUUAGAGCUGUGAAGAUUACAUAAACCGAAGAGAUUUUCUUGUUAAAAGACUAAAAUCAAUGAAGAGCUUAGCUAAUGGCAUGGAAGAUCUUACACUUGUCGAUAGCACUUACAAACUGACAGUAUCCAUGACAGGCUCAGACUUAGUUCCCAUUAAUGCGUCUGUUUUCUAGCUGCUUUUUAUCAGUUUUGCCUAAUUUUAGAACAUAUAUUUAACAGCGCAGAUUCUACUGUGGGCACUACAAUUUUGCGAAAAAUUUAUUUUUUUAUUUUAUGCAAAUUUUAACCCUUACGAAAUUUUGAAGACAAGCAAAUUGUAGGUGCUUUUGCAAGAAUGUCCGUAGAGUCAAGGACGCCAGCUUUUUAUGUUUUGCUUUACUGUGAAAUUUUUCACCCAUCUCUCUUUAUAAAUUAGAUUCUAAUUAUUGAUGCCUGUUUGAAGCUGGUGUACUCUAUAUUUUAUUCCUAAAAUAAAUCAUGUAGCAUUUUAAUAAUUCAAGAUCCCAAUUAGUAAGGGGAAGUGUAAUUUGAAAUUAGCAUUGAUCAUAAACGCUGGAGACAUAGUAUUCUCUCAGCCGUCCCUGGGGUAUUGUGUUUUCUCAGCUUUGGAGAAUUGAUUAUAUUUCAGCUCAAGGGCUGGAAAAUAAACUGUGAAUCAUGAUACCGAUGGACAAGAGGACAAGAUGUUAAGUAUCUAUGGAUAGACCUCUUUGCCUAACCAUGGUCGAAGAACAUCCGCCCAUAAAUAGUCACCUUGGGAAAUAAAAUAACUGUGCCUGGCAUCACACGGGAAUUCCUAUAUGGACUUAUUUGGAGAUGAAAAUAUGGCUGACAAAAUUAAUUUCUUUUUUCUCAGUUAAUUUAAAAUACACUGUAGUUAUAGGUGAUUUGAAAUAAAAAAAACAAAAAAAAAAACGUUUCUCAUGACUGGCAGAAACUCAGAUCCCCCCAAAAGGUGCCAAAAUGACAGCCGAACGGAGUUUGAUAGUUCACGACUUUCUGGAGAAUACAGAAUAAAUUAAUAAUAAUGCAAAGAUUCUGCAAGUGGCAGUGCCGAUUUAAUUAAGUCCCAUUUACUGCAAGCUUUUUGGAUAUGCACUGAUGAGGGUAAUAAUCUGAUGAAUGUUUGUGCUAUGACAGACAGGGUGAGUGAUCUUGCUCUUUUACUUGGGCCUUUGUUCCAAAACAAAAAAGAGAUGUUGGCAUGUGAAGAGAUGCAAAGUGCUACCGUUAAUGAAACAAGCCUAAUUAAUUGGGUUUCAAAAUAUGGGGCUGGAAUCCUGAUCAUAUAUUAGUAUUAUUUAUAGAGCGCAACAAAUUCCACAGCGCUGUACAAUGGGAGUAUUUGAAACAAAACAAGUUGGGCGCACUGGAACAGAGGGGGUUGAGGGCCCUGUUCAAAUGAGCUUACAUUCUAGAGGUAGUGGCACAAGAGGUUAGAGUAGGAUGUAUUUCGUAUACGCGGAAAAGUAGGUUACUAGAAAAGUUUACAAUGAUGGGUUAGGCCUCAGGGAGCGUGCGCAGCUUAGCGGACAAUGGCAUAUGUAUGAGUGUGGGAAUGGAUGAAACAGAAUAGGCUGUGUUUAUGUUGGGGGAGUGUUGUAUGAGAGGAAGUGGGUGGUGACAAUUGGGACUGACCUCAGUGCCACUGAGGAGCCGGGCCAGCAACAAGUUUCCCACCCACCCUCCCUUUUGUUUUUUGGGCCCAGGGUGUUGUCACAGCAGCGGGGGAAGGGCAGGGGGGCUUUGCCAAGUAAGGGGUGGUGUUUUUUUGCAGGUUAGCUGAAGGUGGGGGGUAAUGGUUGGGUCUCAUCAUCCCCUGUCUCUUUGGUGAACCUUAAGAGGUAGCAAGUUGGACGUGUCCCCACUGAGCUAAAAGCCUGCUGGUGGGGUGCCAAAAAGGCAAGAGGAGUUUAUUAUGCCGUUUCUUUUGAUGACACAGUUGCAGGAGAGCAGUAAGAUGGGUUACCAAAGUGCAGGGAGGGGAAGUUAGUAACAGUUGAACUGAUAUGCUUUCCUAAUAAAGUGUAUUUCUAAAUAUUUUUUGAAGGACUGGAAACUGGGUGAGAAUCUAACCGAGUGGAGAAGUGAGAUCCACAGUAACAGUGCAGCCCAGGAAGUCAAUGUAGGGACUGACAGAGUGGGGAUGUGCGGGUGGACAGCAAGAUGAGCCUCACCGCUGCAUUCAUCAUAGUCUGUAACACAGCAUACUGGAAACGCGUAAGACCACUGAGAAAUGAAUUGCAGUAGUCAAGGCGAGAAUAGCGGCAUUGAUCAGCACUUUAGCUGAUCGAGUCCAAUAUAUGUGUGUGCUAUGUUUUUGAGAUUGAAGUGGCAGGAUUUGGUGAUUGACUGGACAUGAGGGGUGAAGGAGAGGUUAGAGUCAAAAAGUAGACCUAGGCAGCGAGCCUGCGAGGUAGAGCUGAUGGUAGUACUAUUGAGUUGGAGGGAGACAGACACGUGAGAUGCAACACUUGGGGUCUCCACAGGAUACGCAGCCAUGCACCGAUUCCUGGAACUUUGGGGUUGCCGAGCAGGUAAGCGUGGUAGUUUGGCUGGUAGGGCUGGCUAGAGGUUUUUUCAUAGCAGGUCCUGCCAGAAUUCCUCACGGAUGUAGUUCAGCCUUUGCAUUGUACAGCACUUGCCUCCCUGUUGCAGUCGGGAACAUGCAGCUUCUGCCAUAUUGGGUUUGUCUCACUUAGGUGCCACUGAAAGCACAGCAGCACAGCCUGCUCUCUGUGGAGGUGGGGACCAGGUUCACGCCAACCGGUCCAUGGUGGGCAGCAGGGCUUCAGUUUCAUGAUAUUGCAGGCCUGUGUGCAUCAGGCCUGGAAAUAGGCCGCCUCUCCCCAUGACAUUGCUCACUAGACCUCGCUUAGAUUAGGUCUCAUGUAGAUUUACACCAGAGGCAGUAGAUGCAGGGUGCCAAAAAAAGCUUAAUAUGCUUAAGAUAAGCAGACAAAAUGUACUGGAGACUGGACUAAUUCAUUUUGGACUUGGAGAGCUCUCGGAAAACACAUCCAGUCGUCAUUGCAGUCAGGCACAAUCCCCCCUUGACACUCACCUUCAUCCCAGGAGGCAAGCAUUGACCAUUAUUGCCUUGAUAUUUCUUAUAAAUUAGCAAUCCCAGCACAUCAGUGAGACACAAGAACUAUAGCACAUUCAAUCACAGACCUUCGAAAAUGUGGCCACUCUGGAUACAGAGUACCAUGAAAGCGACAAUUUUUCUGAAGAUUUCAUUCUAUUGUAACAUUUCCCUUCAUUCAGCUAUUACCUUAUUUCUUUGGCACUUAUAUUCAACAAUGUUAUCCCAUUCAGUCUAAAACUAUUUCCUAUUAUAUAAAAUCAGGCAGGAAACUGGAAACUGGAAAAUAUGUGCCAUCUUUUAUUGUAUUUUUUUUUUUAUCUUCAAAACAUUUAUUUGUCAAACUAUCGAUCUUUUUGAGCACAGAGCUCACUAUGUCUGGCUGAGCAUGUUGUCUUAUCGUUAUUGCAAGUACAAUUAUCGUUAGUGCAAUUACUGGAGCUCGGUGGAAUGGUUUUGUACAGGCGAUUUGCAUUGAUAUUCUGGGGUCUAUUCUCGAAAUUGGAAAUUGCUGAGAAUUGGAAAAAAAUAUUUAGCCCAAACUGAAAAAAUAUCUACAACACAGCUUUCUUUAUAUUUCAGCUAUUUGGCCUAUAAUUGAUCAUUUCAUAAUCAAUUAUCCAAAAUUCCCACUUUAAUGAAUAAACCUUCAAUGUUACUAUACAAUAUUUCAUUUUUCCAGUUUCACUUUGGACACUGUGUUAUCUGUUGGGCCUUGCAAGCUAUGCCUCGAUUGGGGGGAGGAGUUUGGGAGGGUUGAUAACGAUUUCUGAAGCCAAACUCUCAGCGCAGAGAGAGCUAUAACAGACCCACAUUUCUUUAUGUAGCUAUUUCUCCAAUAAAGAUAUUAACACCGAUAAUAGGGCUGCAAUCGGAAGUCGAUGAGCUGAUGCAUUGAACAUUUGAUACUUAGAAUCUUCGGUACAUUGAAACAAUGUAGCACGCAGCCAUUUUUGUUUCAAACCCAAUCUGUUAAAAUGUGUCAUUAUCAUUUCCGACACAAAGGAACAUUAAAAAUGCUGAAACAGCAACUUUUUCCAAUAAAGCGACAGCUGAUCAUCACCUUCACUGCAGUCAGGUAAUUAGAUGCGUGCAGAACGAGCCAUGAAGUGAAUGGUUUAGAACCAUAUUUUCCUUAUUUUUGCUCGUCACAGCCUCUCUGCCCCCCGUGUAAACAUAACUUAGUGCGUCUCGGAGUUCAUAGACAUCCACUUUAAUGUAAUCUUCGGAUUUAAAGAAAGCAGAGAAAAUCUACUUUGUGGGGCUUUGAAAGAUGGUUUUAAUUUGCUUUUUAAUCUGUGAUAUUAAAUGAACAGUAAAGGUUAAUUAAGUCAUUUUUUACACAGCAUGCUUAUUAGGUUUCUGCUAUGCUAGCCAAUGAAGCCAUCUAAUGCUGCCCAUUGAUAUUGUGGAGAAUAUAGAAGAUGUUCUUGGUCUCGUAUGCAAUCUUAGCACCCGAGGGAGCUGCACUGUUUGAUCUGUACCCAGUGGAAGCCAUAUUGUAGACAAUGGCAACUUUGCCAGCAAGCUCUGUACACACCCAUGGAUCAAUUUUGCUGUGUCUCUUUUUCUUCAGUGUCCCAGUGAAGUGGGACAUCAUAAAGGUAACAUCCAGGAUGCCAAAACUGACUUCCAUACUGACACAAUUCCAGGAAACCUGGGUCACGUAGCAGUUUUGUAUUUGCUGAAUAAUUUGGUGUGUGUUCCACAACGUAUGUUUUGGUGUAGGUUUGUGAACCCAGUGACGUUACCUUCACAGCAGCUAUAUUUUAUAAAGGUUCAGUUCUGCCAGAGGAUGAUUUUAGAGUGACAUUUAUGGCCAGAUUUAUCAUUGACUUUGCAUAUUUCUACACAUAGAGCUGAGAGUGACAAGCUAGCGCUCACAUCCAGUGGAUGGGCAGCAGAAUUGAUGGGUCACAGGCUAUUCGGUGCCCGAUGGGAUCCAGGUAAGAGGAUAAACCAUUUCAAAAUCGUCUGCCCCAGAAAUGGGGUCAAGGUACUCCUAGCAUAGCUACUACAGCGGGCCGUAGUGGACAGGAUGCUUGAAGUAACCCUUUAAACCAUUUACGACAUGUAUCUCUGGCCAUCCACAGUCCAACCAGCACCCAUUGAAGGUAUGGUUAAAGCAGACAUUGAUCACUUCCUUAAUGAUACCAAUUCAUACCAGAAAUGGACGAGUGUUAUAGGCUGAAAACAAUCAGCUGAUAUUGUCUUCCAAUCACCACCUGCCAAUGCUGCUCAGGUCAAUUAAUGUUUCUUCCUUAAGCCAAGCAGCACAGCGGACAUGGGAUUCAGGAACUUUCCUUUAGCUUCACACCAUUAAGAAAAACAGUUUAACUCUAAAUGGAAGCAUGGCUCCAGUGAAUACUAGACACUAUAACCACUUCAAUAGGAUGAAGCAAGUACAGUGCCUACAGUGUCUUAAGUAAUCUCUCCAAAUCUAUCCAUUACAGGCUCUCCCGCAAAUGCAUUAGUCAACAGGACUUUCUCCUGAUACAGAGUAUUUCCCUCGUGUAAUAUUACAUGACAUCCAGCACCCUGGAGGUCUCUUCGUCUGAUAACAGGCAGCAGUUCCUGUGUUCUAACUUCACAACAAAGAACUUGCUGUUGAUUCCACCAAUGUGCCUGAGAAACACUGUGAUCUAUUGAUAUUAACUGUGCUUCUAUUUCACUUUGCUGUACUUGCGUCUGUUGCAGUUACUGUUUAUGUACAAAGAAUUUCCUUAGCAGGAAAAAAAACUAAACAUUGUUUUCAAAAAUAUACAAAUACGUUCAGAUAGUUGUAGGGAAUUCUUCAAGCUAAAUGGCAAAUUUGGGGGAGAUUCAGAUUUGCUGCAGAGCAACAAAAUUAAUCCGACAUACAACUUAACCACUUCAUUGCCAAAAUCCAGUAUAUAUAUUUACAUUUUCAAAAUAAUAUGCAGAAUGCAAUUUAGUCCAUAAAGCCUCACUCACCUUUAUUUAUACUCUAUGAUUGAUAACCAGCCUGCAAACACAUUUCUUUGUCAGAUGUCUCUGGUCAUAUAAUGCCUACAUAUAUAAUGAAAAUGCAAGCUCAACCACUGCAUUCAAAUAAUACAGGAAGUUUCAAUGAGUCAUAUCAUUCCUAUAAUCAGUGAGGAGAGAGGUGUGAAUGCACUCUCUCCAGUAUUGCAUUAGCAUUCCAGAGAUUGAUGAAGAUUGUUAUUUUGUUUGAUUGUUUUUUUAAAUAAAAAUAUAAUUUAAUUGUAUUUACUUAAUCUUGGCAUUAUUCUCAAAUACAUUCUUUUUUACAUUCUGCAAGGUAUUUUUAAAUCAUUUUUAGGGUUUUAAAAAAUUUAAUUUUGGCACACCUACUGUAUCGUAUGCUAGCUAUGCAUCCUUUGCUUCAAAUAGAUGUUAUGUGAAUAUUUUUUCUAUUUUUCAAUCUAAUAUUUUUGGGAAUGAAGGGCUUAACUAGUUACUUGCUAAACUGAAUUUUCGGGAACAGCUGAGUUUGAGAAUUUUACAUUUUAGCCUAUUUUAAUCUCAAAUUGCAAUCCUCUUGAAAAUGACAACAAUUAAUGGUUUGGUAAAUUACCCAGUGAGUGUUUACAAAUUAAAACAGAUCUUGUGGUAACGGAUUGAUGAUAGAAUGAUAGAUGGGGUAUAGAUUGCAUGGAGUAAUAGGUGGGGUACAUACUGGGUAGGGUCUUAGAUGGUGGCACACAUAACAGAUGGGGACAGAUUGGAUGGAGCAAAAUAAACGGGUGGGGUAAUAGAUGGGGUACAGAUUAUAUUGGAUAACCGAUAGGGCAGGGAUUGAGUGAGGACUAGAUGGAGGUACAGAUUGGGUUGGGUAUUAAGUGCGUAAUAGAUUACGUAAAGUGGGUGAUUUCAUAAAUUUGGGCAAAUAUUAAGUGUAGUAAUAGAUGGGGCGCCAAUUGUGUGGGGCAAUAGAUGGGCUACAAAUUGAUUAAGGUAUCUGGGGAACAGAAUGGGUAUGGUACGGAUGGAGCACAAAUUGGGUGGAAUAACAGAUAUUAUUAUAUAUUGUAAUGCUUUAUUUUGCAGGAGCAGAACUUUACAUUUGAAGAUUUAACUUAGAUCACCCCCACACAAUCUUAAUAGCAUUUUAAAUAUUUUAAAUCAAGCUGCAAUAAAAAUACACUUACUAGAUUAUCUGGAAAUCUCCAGCACAUAAAAAUAAACUACAGAAAAAGUAAAAAGCCACAAAAACUAAUUAAACAUAUGUCUGAUAUUUACGCAGCAGCCGAAUAUUGAAACAAAUGGUUUCAGUAAUUUAAGGUCACAUAGUAUUCAAGCUUUACAAUGGUUCAAUUAGCGGCACUAAAUAUUGCGCUCUGUUAUGUUGUUGUAACAGUUCUGUAACGUUCAUAGUCUUCCCAGGGUAGCGAUAAAACAGAAGAAGUAUAAUCUCUUUAUAUUAUUUAUAAUAAAUAUACAAUGAACUGCUAUCCACAGCUUAGGCUGUUACGGAAGUGCAGCUAAUGGUCCUACGGAGCAUUGCUUAUCUUUGUCAUGGCAAAACCUACAGAGAGUAAUACUGGCUCGUGUCACAGGAAAAUAAGUUGACUAAUGAACAAGACAAGACUUUUUGCUAGUGGGAUGCUUUAUUUAUUGAUAAGAAACGACAGGGUUUUAUUUUAAUAAAUUGCGUAAAUAUUCUGAGCUUAUUAUGGAGAAUGAACGAACUCCAGAAACGUGCCACGUGGAUUAGCUCAGAAUUGAAGAUUAUGCUAACUUUAGUGUAUUUAUAAUCUUAAUUUGUCAUAAUAAUGACAGGAGGCAAAUAUUUUGCAUAUAUCUUUCUUUACUGAACUUCAUAGAAACAUAGAAUGUGACGGCAGAUAAGAACCAUUCGGCCCAUCUAGUCUGUUCCACAACAAGGAAACAAAGAACCAAUCAAAAACAAGGAGAGUACAUAUGAGGUGAAGCAGUCUUAAGCACCUCCUCUUCCUAAAUGCGAAAUAUAGAAACAUAAUAUCCAACAUAACAACAUGUGCAAACAUCAUCUCAAAGUAUCAAAAAAGAUUGAUGAAUUAAAAGACAGGCAACGAGGUAUUCCGCCCUUAAGGUAAUGUUGCCAUCAAGACAGAAGUUCUGUAUAUCUUUUGUUAUGUCCAUUAACCAGCGAAAGCGAGCGCCCCCUAACCGAUUGAUGUAGUGCACCGCAGACACAUUGUCCACCCAGAACAGAAUGCCGCAAUUGGAUCUUCCUUUUUCGAGGCUGUGAAUGGCGAAGGAACAGGCCAGAAGUUCCAGACAAUUGAUAUGUAGGGAGGUUUCCUGUUGCAACCACACACUCCCAGUGAAAGUCUUGUCACUGGUAGCAUCCCAACCUCAAAGGCUGGCUUCUGAUUCCAGCACAAAAUCCAAAUGUGGACCGAAGAUGGCGUGUCAGUUCCAUGGUGUUUUGCACCAGCAGAAUCAAGGGAAAGGAAGGACAGGAACCUUUUAGUUUGAGGCAAGUAAACCAGUCUUCCUCCUGCAGAAGGUCCCUCAGAAGAUGGAUACCCUCCAUGGCGGUAUACUACAUAAGUGUUAUAGACUCUUGAAGUUAUCACAGGUCUGAAUACCCCUGUCUUCUUUUUAACUAGCAGAGGUUGCUGAAGAAACAUCUGCAGUCCAUGACAGGUUGAAUUGACCCUGUCUGGUGUAGUUUCCACAUCGACUAAAUGGGUGCUGUCUACAGAGAAAUGGACGGGAUGCGGGGCAAACCACUGAAAAGGUUUGAAAGUGAACUCCAUCACGUACCCCUAUAUUGUCUGCAGUACCCAAGUGUCCAAGGAGACUUCUACCCACUUCUGGAAAAAAAAGAGAAAGACCGUCUGCAGUCAGCACUAAAUAAAGUUUUAGUGAACGCGCUAACGCGCUAAAGCAGGGGAACAAACACAGCACAUCAAGGGAAAUUUACCAAACCAACCCCAAAAGGGAAUAACCUCCCCCAAACAAUUCUUUACAGAACACAGUUGUGUAUUUUGAAUCUGUGCUGCCCUAGGCAUGACGGAACUCGGGCACAGACACACACACUCUCACUCGGACACAGACACACACACUCUCACUCACUGACACACACUCACAGACACACACUGACAGAUAUACACAGUCACUUAGACACAAAGGCUCCCUCACAAACACACACUGACAGACAUACACACACUCACAGACAGACACACACACAAUCACUUAGACACACAGGCGUCCUCACAGAUACACACUGACAUACACACACACACACUCAGACACAAACACACAUUCACUGACAGAUACACACUCACAGACACACACAGCUACUCAGACACACAGGCUCCCUCACAGACACACACUGAUAGACAUACAGACACACACUCUUACUCACAGACACACACAAUCAAUCAGACACACACUGACAGACAUACACUCACUCACAGACACACACUGACAGACAUACAUACAUACAUUCACUGCCAGACACACACACACACACUGACAGAUAUACACACACAGGCACACUGACAGACUGACAGCCAUACACACACCCUGACAGCCAGACACACACAUACACACUGAGAGCCAGAAACACACAUACACACUGAGAGCCAGAAACACACACACACACACUGACAGACAGCCACACACACACACACACACCCUGGCAGCCAGACACACACACACACACACACACACAUUUCCCCCCAACACUCACAGAUUAUUCUAAAAUUUUAAUUUAAAUCCACCCAGCCAGUUGAGGUUCAGACGGGCGGCGAGGGUGCGUGUGUUUGUGAGCGCUCCCUGCUCAGUUCCCUUGUGCGCCACAGAGUGAUGCCGGGAGCCAGAAUAUGAGCCAGUAAUCAGCAUUCCCUUGUUGUCUGCCUGGAGUUCUGCUAGCCGUCUGCCACCAGGCUAACAAGGCAUUUGCCUGGGCAUUUGGGGAAGCGGCAAAAACAUCGCUAAAAGAAAAGGAGAUAGAGGAAGAAGGCCCAACAAUAAGGAUCAUGAAUAGUACUAAUGAAACCAGUGCAAAAAACAGCUGUGACUUGCUCCCAGUGUGGAACAGCAAAGAAAGAGGAGGAGCUUAAGGCAGUUUCACCCCAUAUAUACUCUGCUUGUUUUCCAUUGGUUUUCCAUUGUAUUCAAAUAAGAACUAAUUAAGGACCAUUUAAUCAGCCUGUUUCCUAUCUAACAACCUCUGCCGCCAUACAUAGCGCUUUGCUAGCUAAACAGUGACCUGUGAUUAGGGUCAGGAACACAAACAUGUAUUCCUGACCCUAUAGGGUUAAAACCACCAUCUAGCCCCCCUGGGCCCCUCAUGCCUCCCUAAAUAUAGAAAUCUUACUUGUAUUCAAGUCUGGAAAUGCUGGCUUUGUGCCUGUUUCCUUUAGACCUGCCCACUGCCUGCUGAUAUCAGUAGAAGUGGUAGCCUGAUCCAGUCACAAUGCUCCCCAUAGGAUUGGCUGAGACUGACAAGGAGGCAGAUCAGGGGCAGAGCCAGCACAAUUCAAACACAGCCCUGGCCAAUCAGCAUCUCCUCAUAGAGAUGAAUUGAAUCAAUGAAUCUCUAUAAGGAAAGUUCAGUGUCUGCAUGCAGUGGGAGGAGAUACUGAAUGUUUGGAUGCAUUUUAGGCAGCCAUGACCCAGGAAGGAUCUCUAACAGCUAUCUGAGGAGUGGCCAGUGAAGUUACCACUAGGCUGUAAUGUAAAGACUGCAUCUUCUUUGAAAAGACAGUGUUUACAGCAAAAAGCCUGAAGGUAGUGAUUCUACUCACCAGAACAAAUUAAAUAAGCUGUAGUUGUUCUGGUGACUAUAGUGGCCCUUUAAUAGUUGCAGAAUGUGGCUGAAAAUUAAAAAAAUAAAAAAUAAAAUAAAUUAUUCAAAUUCUGCCACUGCAUUUUCAUCUGUGUGCUAUUGCUAUUUUGGCUGCAAUGAGACAGUGAGUGAGCAUGUAUAGUUCGUCCUCCCUGGAUGAAUGGGGGAAGAUGUGGAGUAGGUAGCAUUCUGGGGAUUUUUGUACUUUAAUCUUCAGCUCCUCUAAGAGAAACUGUUCUAUUGCGUCCCAGAAUUCGCCUAUUUUCGGACAUGUCCAAAAUACAUGGAGUAGUGUGCCUUCGUUGUCAUGGCAUCUCCAGCACAUGGGAGACGUGUUUGGGUAAAUAUGCCCUAGGCGUGACGGUACCAUAUACCACCUCAUAAGUAAUUUACAAAACGCCUCUCUGUGGGCCAGGCUGUAUGUGGUUUUCUUCACCCUACCCAGAGCCCUCCGCCAUGUAUCUUGGCUAAUUUGUGUAUGGAGAUCCUUCUCCCAAGAGCUCAUGUAUGAGGGAAUUUCCUUGUCUACUAGGUUCAUGAGUGAGGUGUAACAAAAAGAAUAUGCUUUGAUGCCCUUUAGUUUUCCUUGGCACUUGAGGAUAAAUCGUGGCGGUGGGUAUUUCCUGCCUCUAUGUAGUUUAUGAUUAUGUAGAAUGUUUUUUAUGCGUAGGUAUGUGAAUAGUUCCCUAGACGGGAGGGUGAAGGUCUGUUGUAGUAUUGGGAAAGGUGCCAUUCCCGCAUCAUCGAUGCCACUGCAUUUUCACCAAACAACUAGUUACUUAGCAAAGAAACCACUUAUUACUAUUUCCGAAUCAGAACAAGUGUUUAUCGAUUGCAUUAAUAACCUAUGUAUUAACUUGUCCUGUACCACUUUGCUACAAGGUUAUGCUAUAUAUCCUCAACCCUAACUUGAAAGAUGUAUAUCUCUCUCCUCAAAGGACAGAUAUUAUUAGUAUUUAUGGUAGUGCCAACAUUUCCUGCACGGCUUUACAAUUGUAGUGGCGUUGUUUAACGAGUUACUGGCAGACAAAAAAAUGAUGUUUACAGACACAAUUAUAUAGACAGAAGUGACGAAUGCCCUGCUCAAACAAGCUGACAAUCUAGGAGAAAUGUUCAUUUAUUCCAGCCAACGUAAACCUGCUUGAUUUAUUAUGAAAAGAAACUCAACACAAAUGGACCCAAUUUAUUUACAGAUUUAACUUUUUUCAUUUUUUUUAUACAUGGUCAGUGAGUUUUUAAACUUCCCUUUUUAUUUUUUUACUUGCACCCAUGGCAUUUUUUAUUUUAUAUAUUGUUAGGCUUGAUGUUUGAAUACCGAUAAUGGAAGCAUCAACUAUAUAUAUAUAUAUAUAUAUAUAUAUAUAUAUACACACACACACACACACACACACACAUACAAACACACACAUUUGUUUGUAUGUGUGUGUGUGUAUGUCUGCCUGAGUGUGAAAAAAUUAAAAGGUGGUAUAUUUAAAUAGCUUUAAUGAGCUCAAAUAUUUUGGAAGAUAUACAUCUCUUCCUUCUAUUAGGGGCCCCUCUUCAAGGCUGUAAGGUCACUUAAUGAAUUUCUUUUAAAUCAGUUAGUGGAUUAUCAGAGGGUAAUCUAACUCCUGUGCUGUGCUUAAAACACGGGCCCAGUGCGCUGGGGAAAAUAGCGUAUAAUCCCUUUCCUGUUAAUGCUCUGGGUUUAUCGCUGGCGAUUUAUAAAGAAGGCUGCUUUUGUGUUUCACUACUCAGCUGGUGAAAGGCAGCAGCGAUUGGGUUGAACGUCAAGCUUGCCAAUUCUUACAUUCAAAUCCAUCUCCUAACACAGUCCCUGAUCGCAAGUUGAAACAGAGUAUUGCAGCCUUUUGAAGUCCAUUAAGGGCACAGUAAAUGCAUCUAUUCAGAGCACUUCCCACCCACUAAGAUUUCUGGAAAUCAUACAGAGAGGUGGCCACAACAAGCCUACGCUAUCCUGCUGACAAAUCAACAGCACACACAGCCAGAAAGCACUCAUUUAUACCAUGUGCAUCUUAUUUGGACAUAGAAUACCAUGGUCUGGUGGUCAAGGCACAUUCAAACAAACAUUUAGGGCCAAUUAAUGCUGGUUCAGCAAUCUUCCUUUUUUUUCUUUUAGGCUCAGAAUGUUGAAUCUCUUUUAGUUAAAGCGGCACGGUCAUCUCCCUGAAAAAUGAGUAUAUAAUAAAGAUAGUAUAUAUAUUUUUUUUAAUAAAGAUAGUAUCUUGUUGAAAUGUCACUGGAAUUCCAACCUAGUCAAAAAAUGUAUACUGAGACACGGGGUGAAGAGGACCUGCCGGGAGAAGAUGGCGUUCAGCGCCCAUGAGGUAAGUAAAACUCACCUUUACCUGCCCCCGGCCACCCGACCCCUAAUGAUGAUGUCAACGUCGGGGGUCUUUGCAACCUCUGUGAAGACACCAGACGGUGACAGACAGUGCCACCUAAAAGGAACACUGUAUGCAGAAUGUGAUCUACAUUUGAAUGCAUUCUGAUUCUGGUCUAAGUGAAAAUCUGGUUUAUAGGAUAUGCAGUUUACCCCCCAGAUUCAGUUAACUCAUGCCAUGAGCUGAUAGCAGCCAUGUUGCAGCAGGAACACUGUGCAUGAAGACUACACAAACAAAUAUAACUGAUCUUCAAUAGCAAAGAGGGAUGUAACAUUCCUCCUUCGAUGUCACUGCUUCAGGAGACAGUCUUAGAGCUGCAGCAAUUUUUCCAAAAUAGUACAUUAAUCAGCCGGAGUGUGCUGUGACUCAGUAACAGGGGGACUGACUCCCUGCACCAUAACUUUUGCAAUGAUGCAGAGCUGUUAUGGUGCUUAAGCACGACCCUUUAUACAAUUGUUGUUACUUAUUCCUACAUGAAGCUCACGGGCAGAGUCCUCUACCUUUUGUUUUGGUCUGUUUAUAAUCUAUUGUCUUUUUCCCAAUUGUACAGCGCUACGGAAUAUGUUGGCGCUUUAUAAAUGCCAGUAAUAAAUUAAUAAAAUAAGUGAUGUAAUAUAUUAUUUUGGAUCUAUACUAUUUCAUAAAGCAUGCAAGAAUUUUUCAUUGCUGGGGAGACAGACUGGCCUUUCAAAGAGUGUUUUAGUCCAUUCCUCUCCUGCAUUUGCAAAUCAUUUCAUUGUAGUUAAAUCAAAGCUGCUAUAAAACAUUCCAAACGAAACAGGUAUGUCACCUGCUUUCUAUAAUUCGGCAGAGCAUGAAAAAAAUACAUGCAUUAAUACUGCCCGAAGCACCAUUUUCUCGCCGCUGGAUUUAAUGCAGGAUAUAUCUUUGUGUUAAGGUCUCUGCAAUGCAGAACCAAAGCCAAAUUAAAUCACAUGGUAUUCAUUUAACCAGAUGAGUGCUAAACGCAUUGAUUUUUGUUUCUUUUUGUUUUACAACUUGCCUAGUCGUUAACGCAACCGUUUGUUAAGUGAAAACUUUCUAGCGUACCUUUCUAGCUCGCAAAGAGUUAAAUGAAUAUUCUUGUCUAAACAAUCGCAAGGUGGACUCAGGUGCAGAGUUUUCGCAGACAGCACAGCAAUGUGUGUGUCUGAUAAAUAAUCCCUGUUGUGUUUCACACUCUAAUAUGUACCUGAUUUGUAUGUCCAUGUUUCAUUCAGUGUUUGCAGAGAGUUACAAAUCCACAAACCUAUUUAUCAGUCCCUGAAAAAAAAAAUCACUAGACAAUGAAUCCUUCCAUUCUAUCCUCUGCUGUCCCAAUCGAGAUAUAUAAAGCCUAGUCAUCAGUCUUAUAGCUGAUUUAAGUUACCUGUGCUUUGCCUACAAAUCCAUGGGAUACGUUGGGCUAUUUAUCAACGCUGCCCUCGUCCUACCGGGAGAAAGACCCUAGAUUAGCAGGAACACAAAUCCUUGAGUAUAGGGAGUAGUAACUAAAAUAUAUUCUUUUCAUUUGAAAGUUAUAACAUAUUUUGCAUCUAUAUAUUAGGGGAAUGCAAGAUAAUAUAUCUCAGUGUACAAACCUUAUGUUAAUCCAGGGGUUGACAACUAUUUAUAGAAUUUAGAAGCAGACUGGUUUCUUUUUAAUCAUUGGGACUAUUCUUUUUAUAAGGACUUUUAUUACCUUUUUUCUAUAAGUGAAACUUGUUGCAAUUACUGUUGAUAUUUUUAUUAUUAGCAGAAACGGUGUUACAGAGCAAGUUGCCCAGGAAGCUGCUUAGGGGGCUAACAGAUUUAUAGUCCCAUUACGGAUUUAUACCGUCGUUGAUCUAAUUCCCCCAAAACUUGUAUAGCUUGGAGGAAAGACGAGACUAGGGGGGAUAUGAUAGAAACAUUUAAAUAUAUAAAAGGAAUCAACACCGUAAAGGAGGAGACUACAUUUAAAAGAAGAAAAACUACCACAACAAGAGGACAUAGUCUUAAAUUAGGGGGACAAAGGUUUAAAAAUAAUAUCAGGAAGUAUUACUUUACUGAGAGGGUAGUGAAUGCAUGGAAUAGCCUUCCAGCUGAGGUGGUAGUGGUUAACACAGUAAAUGAGUUUAAGCAUGCGUGGGAUAGGCAUAAGGCUAUCCUAGUCAUAAGAUAAGGCUAGGGACUAAUGAAAGUAUUUAGAAAAUUGGGCAGACUAGAUGGGCCGAAUGGUUCUUAUCUGCCGUCACAUUCUAUGUCUCUAUGUUUGACUAUCUCUACUUUGUACAAUGUGCAUAUUGUGUUGAUUAGUAUAAAUACAUAUAUCACUUGUAUUGGAAGUGGAUUCAGGAAAUAAAGAACAAAGACAAAACAAAAAGACAACAUUAAAAAAAAUGAAAGAAAAUAAAUCAGAUGUGGUUUUGCUUCUGUCUUAUCCAAACAAAUCUAUUCAAUUUCGAAGACCAAUGGUGGUCUAGGAGCGCUGGAGAUGGCCUAGAAAUGCAUGCAUUAUCUGAAGACUGGGCUUACGUUUGUCACAAAUUUUGUUAUACCCCCUGAAAUGAGGUUGACAAGAACUGGAGAGACUACACCCAAAAACUGCAACAUAUCCGUUGAAGUCAGUUGUGCUUAUAGUGCUCCAUCAGUGAUACAGCCAAUUGGAAUGUUGGGGUUAAAUCAUCCUUCAACUGUCAACCAUUCUUGCAAUAUUUGGAUUAGCAACCAAAAAAACACAACAAAAAUAUUUAACCUACCAAAUGCAAGAAGGUAUAGAAACACAAGUUAAUAAUGAAGAAAGCAUCUAAUUUAUCGACUGAUUGUUUUUCUUUAGACUGCUUUUUCUUACUUAUAAAAAGAAAAAUCCAACACUUACUGAAAAAGCCCCAUAAUGUUUGACAGAGCUAGUUGAGGCCCAUUCCCAAGAGUGGCGCCUGUUCUAUUUGAAGAACCGAUGUGAGAUAAUUUAAUAUAACAAUUCUGUGAAAUAACGCCAAUCAAUAGAUCUGACAUUCUGCUUGCAGUAUAAAUGGCAGAUUAUUUAUAUUAGAUGAGAAUCUUUCCUUUUAAGACUGCGAGGCAGAAGGGAUUGGAAUCAUUAUAUUCGUUCAGUAAUAUUUGUUCUCCAGCAAGUCAAUGAGCUGAAAGAUUUCAGCCCGCAAUAGGCUGUAGAUUGGUUUUCUGUGAUGUCUGAUAGCAUCUGGAGUUUGCGUUGUGCCUGUAAUUGUGAAAUUUGCAGCGAUUUUCUCUAGUAAGCUUUAUCAAGGUCUAAAAUAUUAAUUUCAACAAACUUAUUGCAGUUUAGAGAUAUCAGCUCGUUCUAAACCCGACUCGUGGAGCUGGUACAUUCUAAAGCUCUGAAGAAGUGAUAAGUAAAAUGAACAGACCAGAGAAUUUUUGAGCUACACUUUCCAUGAUGCUCAGCCAACCAACCAGGAAAAAAUAGUGAUAUUCUCUAAGUUUCAAGAAUGUCCUAGGAUCAGGGCCGGCGCUACCUGUUAGGCGGACUAGGCAGGCGGCUGCAGCUUUGCCCGGGCAGUGCGUCCAUGAGGGCGGACCGCACCGCCCGGGCGCAACCUGAGGAGAGGGGCUGACAGGAGGGAAAUGCUCAGCGCUCAGCGCUCCCUCCUGUCAGCCCCUCUCUGUAGCGUGGCCGAGCCCUGUAUAGUCGGCGGGUACAGGGAGCAGCUGUCUCCUGUACCCGGCCGGACUAACAGGAAGUGCACACUGAGUGUUCACUUCCUUUAGUCCGGCCGGGUACAGGAAACAAAAGCUCCCUGUACCAUGGAUCAUACAGGGCUCGCCACGCUACACAAUAGAGGUAGGGGAGGGUGGGGGAAUAAAAUGGACAGGAGGGAGGGGGAUAAAUGGACAGGGAGGGAGAGGGGGAAUAAAUGGACAGGAGGGAGGGGGGGGAUAAAUGGACAGGAAGGGGGAAUAAAUGGACAGGGAGGUGGGGGGAAUAAAUGGACAGGAGGGAGAGGGGAAUAAAUGGACAGGAGGGAGGGAUAAAUGGACAGGAAGGGGAAUAAAUGGACAGGGAGGUGGGGGGAAUAAAUGGACAGGAGGGAGGGGGGGAAAUAAAUGACAGGGAGGGGAAAAUAAAUGGACGGGGAAUACAUGGACAGGAGGGGGGGAUAAAUGGACAGGCAGGGUGGGGGAAUAAAUGGACAGGCAGGGUGGGGGGAAUAAAUUGAAAGGGGGGAAAAUAAAUUGACAAGGUGGGGGGGAAGAAAUUGACAGGGAGGGGAAUUGACGGGGUUAGGAGGGGGAAUGAGAGUGGGGAGGGGAGAAGAGAGUUACAACGGGGGAGACGAGAGUGACAAGGGAGGGGGGAGAAGAGAGGGACACGCAGGGGAGAAGAGAGUGACAAGGGAGGGGGGAGAAGAGAGGGACAAGAGGGGGGAGAAGAGAGGGACAAGGGGGGGAGAAGAGAGAGACAAGGGGGGAGAGAAGAGAGUGACGAGGGAGGGAGAGGGGGAGAAGAGAGUGACAAGGGAGGGGGAGAGAUUGACAUCCAUCACACACACACAAUGCACCCCUUGCACACAGAAAAACACACAAUGCAUUACACACACAGACACACACACACACAAGCAAUUCAACCCUUACACACAAUGCAUCCCUUACACACACUCAAUGCACCCCUUACACACACUCAAUGCACCCCUUACAGACGCACACUGCAUUCCGUACAUACAUAGAAACACACAUUGCAGCCCUUACACAUACAAACACAGAUUCACACAAUGCAUUCCUUAUACACAUAUCAGGACAUCCCCUACUCCUGUGAACAAACUAAUUGGUGGAACAUGAAGGUGGACCCUGGGGCCCAGACCUUGAGCUGCGUAAAGGGCCUUAAAAAAAUGGAACUGCUUCCCGUUCUCCCAGAACACAAACAGCCUCCAGAGAGCCUGUUCUACACCAGACGAGUGGAGCCAGACUGCAGCUAGAGCCCAUCACCAUCCUCAUCUGGUUGUAAGUAGGCAAUCUAGUAUAUUAUUCGUGGCACUAAUCUCUAAUUUACCUCACAUUAAAGAAACACUAUAGUCCCCAGAACCACUGCAGCUUAAUGUAGUGGUUCUGGUGUCUAUAGCCUGUCCUUGCAGGCCUUUUAAUGUAAACACGGCGGCACUGCAGCACUUGCGUUAGUUAACAUGGGGCAUUGUGAUGUCAUAUGGGGGGGCGGCAAACUUUACUUUUGCCUAGGGCGGCAAAAAUCCUUGCACUGGCCCUGCCUAGGAUACACAGACAAUUAUCUGUAAGCCUUCAGACAAAUCUCCUUCCAGGGAAUCAUCUUUUGGAGACACUAUCCCUCUUGAUACUUUUCUCCUCACUCCUACCCUGCAGUUCUUCGUCGGACUUUUGUCCCUCACUCCUACCCUGCAAUUCUGCUUGGGAACCUUGUCCCUCGGUCCUUCACUGCAGUACUUCUUGGGACCCUUGUCCCUCAUUCCCACCCUGCAGUCCUUCUUGGAACCCUUGUCCCUCAUCCCCACCCUGCAGUCCUUCUUGGAACCCUUGUCCUUCAUUCCUACCCUGCAGUCCUUCUUGGAACCCUGGUCCCUCAUCCCCAUCCUGCAGUCCUUCUUGGAACCCUUGUCCUUCAUUAAUACCUUGCAGUCAAUCUUGGAACCCUUGUCCUUUAUUCCUACCCUGCAAUACUUCUCUGAACUCUUGUCCCUCAUAUCCACCAUGCAGUCCUUCUUGCAACCAUUGUUGCUCAUUCCUACCCUGCAGUCCUUCUUGGAACAUUUGUCCCUCAUUCCUACACUGCAGUGCUUCUUGGGACCCUUGUCUCUCAUAACCACCCUGCAAUCCUUCUUGGAACCCUUGUCCCUCAUAUCUACCAUGUGGUCCUUCUUGGGACUGUUGUCUCUCGUUCUUACCCUGCAGUCCCAGGAUGACAGAGCUCUACAAUAAUUAUACUAACAGAGGUUUAUUCACUAAACUCUAAUUGUUGCAAACUAAAAAUUGAAUGAUAGUUAGUGUAAAAUAAUUGUGUGGAAAAAAUUAAUUUGGAUUUCUGUUUGUUUCUAGUGAAUAAAGCCCACCAUAAUGUGUGGUAUGUAUGAACGCCACGGCAAUGAAACUCAUAGUAAUGUGCAGUGUGCAUGAAUUAUCAUAGAGCUUCACUUGAAUAACAUUCAUUCACAGUAAUGUGCAGUGUGUACAAACACAUCACAGAGUUCCACAGCAAUAAAACUCACAGUAAUGUAUCCUACAAAGAUCCAAGCUGAACGUCUAAUAGUGAAUUUGGUUGGGGUAAGUCCAGCAAUGACCCCUCAGCUACUUGGCCCUCAUCAGGAUAUAAGAAACUAACCUACUUAAACGUUACCACUACACCUCAUUGUCAGUGUCUUUUUGUGGCAUUGUGGGGAGGCUAUUUUUGCGACAGAAGUUAAAAAUCUAAUACACUAAGUAGUCAAAAAUACCAUUGCACAAAUACUGUACAUUUUACAUAUUAAAAAUAUUAUUUGCAUCUUGCUUAAAAAAGCCCUGCUACAAAAAGAUUCUAUAUAAAAUAUUUAUUGUGUGCGCUAUUAUUUUAAAUCACUAGUUGUUCUCUUUUGAUUUAAGUUCUCCAAAAAAUUACGAACCUGGGAAAUCCCCACUUAUUCUGGACCUCUGCAAACCUCCUUAAUUUUCAUUAAUUUAAAGAUAAAUUCUGAAAGUGCUUGACCUGAUGAUGUCCGGAUACACAGUCUGUCUGUAUUUGGAAAUUACCAGCAAUUGAGCACAGAAGGCUUUUCCAUUACUUUGCAAUGCAAAGCAGUUUGUAUACAUCAAAAUAAUAGCAUUUCCGCUUGCUGCUUUCCGCCUCUGCACACCUCUACUUUACGGAUCUAUAUUUCAUCUGCCUGGGCUCCUUAAAACACAUUUGUGUUAUCAGCCCAGCUUCCAUAUGCAAAGGCCAGAUAAUUCUAUAUUAAAAAGAAAUCAUUUGUAACCUGCAGCCAUAGACAGCUGGAGCAGAGAUGUUGCCGAACUUAAUGUAACAUGUGAUUAAAUCAUUUAUUAGACCCCAUGUCAGCAGCAAGCAGAUGAUGCAGAUUAGAAGGUUAUUUACAUACCUCCCUCUACGGACAUGAGACGUCUGGCUCAUCAGGAAUACGAUUCCCAUAGUGCUCAGGUGAAAACCUUGCGUCACCAAUCCAUUUAUGUCAUUGCAUGCUUCUUGCUCUAGGGCUAACUGAGCAUCGUGGGAAAGGUAGUUCAGAAUGAUUUGGGCCUGGGGACUUAAAGGAAUAUAAAUAUGUAUUCCUAACACUAUAGUCCUGGAGCAGCAAAGGUCCCCGGCCCCCCUCAGAUUGGAGAUAAAAGGUUUUUAAACUUACCUUUCCAACCCCGUCUCCGUAGCAGAGAUCGUCAUUCUUGAUAAUCUCAGCCAAUUCAAUGUUUUCCCAUGGAAAAGUAUUGGGAGCCUAUCACGCAUGCGCGGCAAAAUGCUGCUCUGCGCCAAUCAGCAUCUCCUUAUAGAAAUGCAUUGAAUAAUAAUAUAAUAUAUACAAUAAUAUAUAAUAAUAAUUUAUUUUUAUAGCACUUUUCUCCCCGGGAGACUCAAAGCACUUUACAAGUAUAGAAACAUAAAGACAUAAAGUUAGGGGUUUCUGAAGGUCAGCUGAGUGGACUGAGUGCCCGAUGGAAGAGGUGAGUCUUUUUUUUUUUUUAAAGACUGUAAGGACGGUGUCUCGCCUUUUAAUUGGACGCCAAUGCAGGGAGUGGAGAACAGGUGUUAUGUGGCAGGAGCGAGUUUGAUUGGUCAGUAGUCUGGCUUCUGCAUUUCUUACAGUCUGAAGGUGAUGGAUUUCUGGCCCAAGUAAAGUACAUUGCAGUCAUCUACAGGAUACAAAUGCAUGGAUUAAUGUUGGCAUAUCAUCCGGUGGAAUUAAGUGUUGUAUCCUAGCUAUGUUUUUCAGAAAGUAGGCAGAUUUUAUUACAGAGGAAAUCUGCUGUUUAAAUUAUAGUCCAGAGUCAAUCAGCACUCCGAGGUUUCGCACCUUUGGUGAUUUGAUGAGUUCAGAGCCUUCAAGCUCCAGGCCAGUUGGGUGAUCAUGGGAUUUUUGUUGUUGCCUGGAGUCCCCUCACCAAGAGUAACUCUGUUUUGUCUGGGUUCAAUUUAAGCCAACUAGCCAUUCUAUGAGGUUGAUGCGGCAUGUUGGGUCUGUGGUAUCUGGAGUAGAGGAGAAGUGGAGUUGUGUGUCAACCGCGUAAUAAUGAUAUCUUAGGCCAUGCCGCCUAAUGAUGUCCCCCAGUGGUAGCAAGUAAAUUGCGAAUAGCAUGGGAGACAAAGAUGGAUCCUUGUGGAACUCCGCAGGCCAGUUCUGUUGGUGACAAUAAGCUUGAUCCUGAUGUUACUCUCUGUGAUCUACCAAUGAGGAAAGACUUAAACCAGUUAAGAACUGUUCCUCCUAGACCACAGAUGUGCUGCAAGCUCUCUAUUAAAAUCCUAUGGUCAAAGGUGUCAAAUGCAGCUGAGAGAUCCAAGAGGAUAAGGAUGGAGUAAUCACCUUUGUCUCUCACCAUAAGGAGAUUAUUUAGCACUCAUACUAGUGCUGUUCCAAUACUGUAGCGGUAUCUGAAACCUGACUGGAAAGGAUCAAAGAUUUUCAAGCUUGAUAGACGGGCCUCCAGUUGAGUUGCGGCUACGUUUUCAAUUGUUUUUCCCAGAAAUGGAAGGUUAGAUACUGGUCUGUAAUUAGUCAUGCAGUCCGGGUCUAAUAAAGGUUUAUUUAGGAGGGGUUUUACCACAGCUUCUUUUAGAGGAUCUGGGAAGUCUCCGGUGGGGAUAUGCAUGCAUGCUGGUUUGCAGAGCCUUUCUACUUUGUGAAACAGUUGCCUGGGUUUAUUGUGUGAGAGUGCAAUUUUGCGUGAUACAUUUUUUUUCUGAGUUAUCUUGAAUUGAUAUUCGUUUAGAUGUUUGGUAAGAGUGGCUUUAUCCUCUGGGUCAUGUGCCCUGCACCACUUUCUCUCGAGUUUACGGCCUGUUCUCUUCAUUUCUCUGAUGGCGCUAUCAAACCAUGGUGCAUUGUUGUGGGUUUUGACAAUGCGUAUGCGUGUUGGUACAAUGCUUUCUAAGGUAUCUCUCAUGGUUUUGUUGUAGAGUCGGACUAAGGAGCUGGGGUCUUCACAGUGCAUCUACUUCAUAGCAUGGAGACUCUUCAGCGCCUCCUUCAUAGCAUGGAGACUCUGAACGCAGCACUGAAAUAGGAAGCACCUCCAGUGGCCAUCUGAGUGACAGCCACUAGAGGUGUUAUUAGGCAGCAAUGCAAACACUGACAUUUCUAUGAAAAGGCAGUGCUUACAUUAAAAAGCUUGCAGGGACAUGCAAUAGACACCAGAAUGACUACAUUAAGCUGCAGUGGUUCCGGUGACUAUAGUGUCCUUUUAAUUUUAGCCAAUACUAUUCAAAGCCAUGGAUUAAGAGGUUUAUAAUCUGAAAUUUACAAAGCAGGCCUCGGCAAGCACAGUUGCCACUGGUGAAUCUUUGGGUGAGACACACUAUAUAUAUAUACUUGUAAUUAUUUGGCUCAGUUUUUUUUAAGUCUCUCCUUUGUUUCACUCCCCCCUUUUGUAUUUCAUAUUAUUACACAAUCAGCACUAGGCAUAAUAAAUACAUGUAUUACCUUAGAUUGAGAAAUCGGUGGUUACAAUCAAUCUUUCUGCUUUAUGUUACAGACCUUUGGGAAAUAAAUCAAAUGUUCUAUGGCUCUAUGGAAAGCUUUGCUUGGCAUUAGAACACAGUUUUCCACAAGCACAAACCAGGUUUAGUGAAAAAAGUUUAUCCAGAGCCAGUGAAACCUUGGACUGGAAUCCCCAGCAGUCCAGGUUCCUGGAGAGUUAAAAUGCCAGAAAAAAAAACAUUUCUUUUUUUGUGUGUUUUUUUCAUGCUGUGUCCCUGGGUAUACUGAAAAUUAGUAAUCAAUAACUUGAUCAGUUUCCUGACAAGUGUUAGUCACAGCACAAACUCAGCCGUUUGUAAAUAUCAAUGCGCCAGGAAUGGCAAACCAGCUGUUGAUAAACUACAUUUGCCAUGACCCUCAGCCAGCCUACUGAUAUGGUACUACAUGUCAUUCUUUCUUAAAGGAUAGGUUAAUCCUACUUUUUUCGCAGUGUCUCACUUACCAAUAUAUCUAAUUGGACUCCUGCAAUAGCAUAUAAUUCUCACCCCUUACAGUUGUCAUAGAUAUAGUUAAUAAGUGUGACACAUCAGGAGGUCCAGCCGUGAUGAGCACAGUUAUAAGUCACAAAGAACUGGGUGUAAUUGGGACUGAAAAGCGUAGAAUGCAAAUAAAUAUACGCAGCAUUUUUAUUUGGCUCAUCGUGUGGCACAAAACAGGCACAGCAAGAAAGUUCAGGAAAGACAAGGACGUGAAACGAUCAGAUUAGCCAGAUAAAAAUUAAUAUAGCAUAUGCCCUCACAUUAGUUGUAAUGGGAUAUAUCUGCAUUCAUUCAAUGGACAGCUCCAAUGCUUCUGAUGAAUUUUGCUGAGGCUCAUUGAACAAUUAAGUUGGACGAAAAUCUCGAAUAUCUCAUUAUCAGGUGCAUACGAAAUCCCAUGAGUCAAAACUCAAGGUUAAUCAAGGCCUUGUGCCAGCUUAGUUCUAGAAAUGCUUUUAAAUAGUUCUCCCAUACGUGUAAUUGGACAAAAAUGUAUUAGCAGAAAUAUCAAAGUUGCUCUUGAGUGGUGAAUAUUAUACCAAAGGACUAAGAGCUAUUAUCUGUACUCCAUUUGAGUUAUGCUUAUUUCAUUUUCUGUUGGGCCAUGUGCCUUGAUCAUGUUGCAGAGAGGAACACAGAUAUACAUCACUAAUGAAGCCUCUGAUAGGAGAGGGGGGCGGGGGGACUUUAAAAAAAAAAAGGCAUCUGGGGUUUCUGUUUGGUGGGGCGGGAUAGUCAAGUUGUCAUUUCAAUUCUUAAGUUGGAAGAGAAAUGACCGUUGAUCAAGUGAUGACAGUUCCAAAGGACAAUAUUAUAUAAAUUAGUCUAGUGACUAUUGUGUUAAAAAAAUAAAUUUGUCAUCCGAUUAGUGUCUAUGUUCUUAAAAUUUACACUUAUUUUGUUGUAUGUCAAUGUAAAUAGCCUAUGAUAUAUUUAAGAGUAUUUUAUUGUGAGAGUUUGCCCAUGGCAUCAUUCAGGUAUCUGUGUUGCGGGAGGUCGUUUGUAUAAAGACGUCCCAUGGUUUCCAAAUUUGUUGGAAUGUGAGGUCGUUUUUGGAGAGGGAGUAGGUGAUCUCUUCCAUUUGUUUGAAUCCAGUCUCGCAGUGAGGGAGGGUUGGCAUGCUUCCAGUGUAACGGAAUGAGUUGGUUUGCAGCAGUUAGAAGGAGAGAUGUUAACAGAGAUUUCUGUCUCCUCUGACCGCUUGGUAGCAGAAGAAACAGAAAAAUGGGAAUGGGAGCUUUAUUGCGGUAAUAGUGUGUAGUAUUGAGCUGAUGCGUUCCCAGAGUUUGCUAAUUUGUGGGCAAUUCCACCAAAUGUGUGCUGGGUUCGUAUCUGGUCGAUGGCAUCUCCAACAAGAAUCUAGUGUAUUAUUGUGUAGUUUGUGCAGUUUUACUGGGGUGUAGAGCCAACGACUGAUGCAUUUAUAGCUACUCUCUUGUGCUGUGAGGCUUAUAAAAGUCUUAUGGAUUUGGAAAAAGUUAGUUUUCCAUUGGCCCUCGGUUACUUGUAGCAGUAAUUCCUGCGACCAACUCGCAGUAUAGUGUGGCAGGGCAGUGGCUUGGGCAGUUAGGAGGAAGGCAUACAUAACCGAUAGAACAUUUCUCUGAAGGGGGUGAGAUGAGCACAUAAGUUCUAACUUUGUUAGAUCUCUAGCUCCGUCGGUAGCAAGUGGAUACCUUGGAUAAAGUGUGACAAUUGGGUGUAAUGGUAUUGUUGUGUACCUGUGUGAGGUACCUGUGGGAGAAUUGCGGCUAUUGUCUUUAUCUUCCUAUCUUGGAGGAUAGAGUGGAGCGUGAGUUUUGGGGGUAGAGUGGUACUCUUUGUAGGUUUUGCACGAUAGUCCAACUCGGAAGAGUGGGUUGUGGGAGAUAGGGUAUAGCGGAGACGGGUAUUGGGAAAAAUCCCUCCAGGUCCUGAUGGAAUCCCAGAUCCUGAUCGUGGCCGGGAUAGUUGGUGACCUUUAUGUUAGAGGAACAUGUGGCCUGACUUGUGCCACGGGGCAGUGUGUAUAGGAAUGUGAAGAAAGGAGUCUUCCAGUGUGACCCAUUGUGGUGGUAACGUUUUUUGGGUCCAGUGAUACAGUCUGGAGAGGUGAACAGCUUUGUAAUAAAGCUCUAUAGCUGGUAGUCCUACAACCUCCUCUCUUCUCAGUCUUGUUAGGAGAGUGUACGCAAGUCUGGGGUGUUUGUGGGACCAUAUAAAUGUCGAGAAAAAAUUGCAAGUAGAGGUGAAGAAGUGCUUCGGGAGGGUUAUCGGGAGGGCCUGGAGUAGGUAAAGGAUGUGUGGAAGUGCAUUCAUUUUAAGGAUAUUAAGUCUACAGAACCAGCUAUGCUGUGGUAAAUGUCAGCGGUUUAAGUUAGUGGAAAGUGCUGUCAGCAGCUGCGAGAAAUUCAGGUCAUAUGUCCAGCUUAAUGUGUGGGGUAGGUUUAUUCCCAGGUAUUUAAUAACUGUUGGAGCCCAUAAGAAGUGCAAAAAGUGUUGCGUCAGUGAAAGCAUCUGUACAUAUUGGGAGCAAUUAGCAUUUGGUCAGGUUGGCUUGGAAGUUUGAUAUCCUAGUGUAAGUGGACAUUUCCUCUAGAAUUUGUGGGAUUGUCUGUAUUGGGUUGGAAAUCAAAAAAAGUAAGUCAGCUGCAAAAGCGGAGGUUUUAUGUUCCACCCCCCUAUGAGGGGGGCAGGGGGCACCCCUGUCUCGUGCCAUUAGAAAUAGGAACCAGGGUAGAUAACCAACUGAGCCAAUUAUCUCUGAAACCCAUUUGUUGUAGUGUAGCUAACAUCAGGGACCAGUCCACCCUGUCAAACGCAAUUUCAGCAUCAAAAUGUGAAUGUCGUUUGCCUGUUUGAUCGUAAGGAUUGGGCUAACAAGCGUCCGCAUUUGCCUCCCUGCGUGUAGUAAGUGUGUCUGGUCCGUAAAAGUGUUUAUUUAGAUUGUAGAUUUAAGAGAGUCGUGAGUUCAGAUCUCUUAGCUAUAAGAGUCUUGUAAGUGUCUAGGGAUCUGUUUAGUCUGUGUUGGUCCUCUAGGGUUUUUAUGUCGGUUGUUAGGGAAGAGAGUUGUUCUUCCUUUUUACGUUUGUGAGCUGCGGCCUUCUUAAUCAGUUCUCCCCUCGCUACACAUUUAUGUGCCUCCCAGAUAAAGGUGUUGAGUGUAUCGGGUUGUUUAUUUUCCUCGAAAAAUCUAGUGAGAAAGGUUUUUAGUUGCGCAACCGUGUCUGCAUUAUUGAGGAGGAGAUCGUUUCAUUUCCAUUGUGGAGAAGAUUGGGGCAAGGAAGGGAUUGACAUGGCAAGAGACAGGGGUGCAUGGUCCGACCACGUGAUUGAACCAUAGGAGCAGGAGCGAAUGAGAUGUAGGUAUCUGUGUUGGAGAAGGAGCAUAUCAAUGCGUGUAUAUAUUCCUGUUGGGGGGGGGAGUAAAAGGAAUAGUCUUUAUUUAUGGGAUGUAGGGUUCUCCAGCUGUCAUAUAGUAUUGCGUCAUGUAGAAGAGAGUGGAGUUGUGUUGCGAGCAGGUGCUAGAUAGGUGCUAGAUAAUCCCUGGAGGUGUUUGUUGUGUCAAGGAAAUUGUCUAGGGUAAUGUUAAGGUCGCCCCCAACAAUAAGAAUGCCUUCUUGGAAUUGAUCCAGUUUAGUGAGGAUUUUGCGCAGUGCCUAGCACUGUUUUUUAUUCGGGAGAUACACGUUCGCUAAGGUGAGAGUCGCGUUGCCUAUCUUUCCCUUUACGAAAAAGGAGGAAGGGGGAGGAGAGGGGUAGUUAGCAAAGGAUAGAGGUUAGAUGGUAUUGUUGCUGUGGAGCUACUCUGUGAGAGUAGUACCCAUAUUAGGGGGCCAGCGGGGUUACUCAGAAAGGGGGGGUGCCAUCCAAGAAGCUUAUUUAUAUGGAUUGGAGGCAAGACCUCUAAAUAACCCGAUUACGGUCCCUAGUUAAAUCUCCCUUUGGCGCCCGUGAGUAUAGUCUGGAAUAUAGUGGGUAUGAAAAAUCAAAUAGAAUAAUAAUAAUAAGAUUAAGAUAAAGUAAAUUUACAUAAAUCAUAUAGCAUAAAAUAAACUAUAGGUAAAUUAAAAUACAGGAAAUAGAGGCAAAGUCCCCACUUAAUUGAAUUGAAUUGUUGGAGUCUCCCCCGUCCUCCCCCAUCAUUAUAAUCAUUCUAUUUUUUUUUAUCUGUCCCAGUAUGGGUUGGUUUGAGUGCUCCUCAUGGCGGAUGGUAGGUCGCGAUCACGAUCAUGUCCCCACCGCUCCCCGGGUCAGUCUCAGAGUUUAGUCAGGGAGAACUGCCAUAAGUACAACAUUGCAGAAGUCCUCAGACUUGAGGAGGGCAAAACUCACAGUCCCAUGGUUUAAGAGAGGUUCUGGCUAGCGGAGGAUCCCCUUCCAGGUGAGGCAUACGGGAUGUCCGUUUUCCGGUUCUUUGAUAGGGUGUUCCAUCUCGUACGUUGUGGUAGGUGCGAGACGUCUUGAGCCUUUUGUGGCAGAUACCAGUCCAUGACCGGGGUGUCGGGCAGGUCCAGCGCUUGCAAGAAGGGCCGCACGUCUGGGUAAGUGUAUAUAGUGUGCGUGGUUCCACUAUGUAUUACAAUCAAGGCAAAAGGCUAGCCCCAUCUAUAUUUCAGAUUGCGUUUACGCAGCUGUUUUGUUACAGGUUUUAGGGCUCUGUGUGCUUGGAGUCUGAGCCAUGACAGGUCAGGGUAUAUUUCAAUCGGGUUACCCUGAUAAAGGAGUGGGUGCGAGGUGGAUUGCAUUCGCAGGAUAUUAUCUUUUACAGUGAAAUAAUGUAAUCGGCAGAUGAUAUCACUUGGUGCCUCUGUCUCUGCACCCCUCUGUCUGGGUCCUAUCAAAUGCUAUUGGCAUAUCAGUGGCUGAUUAAAUAAAUCAGUCAGGAUCGCUGGUAUAUCCUUGUUCCGGCCUUCCAGUAUGCCGCGGAUCCGGCGAUUGUUCCUGCAGCCCAUGUUAUACAGGUCAUCGAUGGUUCAUUAAAGAUAAGUGAGCAUGUGGGAGUGAGACUGAAUAGUAGAAGUGAGGUGUUAAAUCUGGGAGUGAGUCACAUCUCUAUCCUCCUCCAGGUCAGUGACCCUGUGGCCUACCUGCCUGAGAUCGGAUCCUAGCUCGUCCAGUUUUGUUUGGAUGGAGGCUUCAAGUUUGCCUAGCAUAUUGGCUAGGUCAGCCUUAGAUGGUAAAUUUCGCAGUAGGUCCCUGCGGUCGGGUUCCUGUGAACAGAGUAACCAAGUUAAUGUUUUGCUUAUAGUUGAGGAGACUCUCUGUAUUCUUAGGGUAAGCAAAUAAAUCCACCUUAUCUGUAGAAUAAAUUAAUGCUAUAAAGAAAAAAUGUCAAUGGUGGAAUGCUAUUUAUCCAAUGAAUAUAGACCAUCUGUCUGUCUUUACACAUUUGGAAGAAAUAAAAGCAGACUCUCGGAUGUGUACACAGGAAGCAUAAAAACAGCCUCAUGUGGAUACACAAUGUCAUCCAGACUGCACAAAUCAAACAGUAUUAGUGAGAACGGAAACUGGGAAAUGCCUGCUCUACAAGAAGAGGUCAGGAAUCAUUGGCAGUGAUGGCAUUAUGGUCUGCUUUAGCUAUCUUUAACUUUAAAACGGUAAUUGUAUCUCAUUUAAGGUUCUAAAAUGACUACUCAGUGCAACCAGGGCCAAAUUCACACCCCAUGUGCCCAUAAGCAUGCAUGGGACCUCUCUGGAUUUGCCGCAAGAGCUUCAGGACUGAGAAUUGAUUUUCCGUUUUCCAAGGUACAGCUCUGCUGUCCAAGUCAGGGGGGGUUUAAAUUUCCCUACCCGCAAUCUGGCCACGACUCAUACUACUUAUUUCCUGCCCACUGUUUCCUCUGAUCACCUCUACCCACCCCCAAAAUAUCACUGGAAAAGGGAGGAGAAGGUCUCUGGCCAAAGAGAGGUCAUUUUGGGAGCAAAGCUGGACAAGAUGUAAACAGAGCUUCAGGCCAAUGUAUGCUACUUGAAUAAAAAACAAAAUGUUCAUGGAGUCUUACCAGAUAUAGCUUAAAACACAAUUUUUUGGAUUGAUAUAUGGGACAAUAAACCAUGAAUAGUCCUUAAUUUGCUUCUUUUAACAGGAGACAUCACAGGUGAAACCCCUUGUUGCCCAGAUCAGUAUUGGCCAACCUUUGCACACAAGAUAUUUGUGAGAUGCAUUUGCCAUGAUGCUUAGCCCAUUUGUAAGCUGGAUAAGUAAGAUGAGAAAUCUGGUUCACAAAAAUCUUGGGUGCCAAGUCUGAUCAUCAUUGAUAAACUGAAGGAAUUCUCGGUUUUUGUAACUGUUAUUGGCAGUCUGAGACAUGCAUUAUCAGACUAGGCUGAAACUAUAAAUAUGUAUUAAAGGGACAUGAUAAGUACCAUAACUACUAAAGCAUAUUACCCAGUGCCCGCAGGCUAUAAUUCCUGUCCAAAUUUGGAGAGGUAACAAGGAAGUAAAAGCCCCACAUUAUGUCACACUGCUUGAAAACAUCUUAGAUCAUGGCUCCUUAACAGCUACAUUCUGAGCACUUUAGAAUAAGAUAAAAUAAUGAAAGAAGCACAAGGCCGAUGAAUGAUUAAAGGAACACUAUAGCUUUAGAAAUACAAACCUGUAUUCCUAACACUUUAGUGUUAAUAGUUUUAUAAGUCCCCUCGAGCAUUUGAUAAUUAAAACAGGUACUAGAAACAAUUUUAGAAACUGCAAUGUUUGAUAGUAGGGUAAAACAGACAGGGACACUGCAGCCAGACUACUUCGAUGAGAUAAAGUGGUCUGGGUGCCAAUAGUGUCCCUUUAACUUUGUAACAGUUGCACUUAUCUGAGUGUUCUAAAGCUAACAUACUCCCAAACAAAGUAUCUCCAAAAUCAUUAGUGUUGGAUACGAUAACAUACUGUGAAUACUCUGUUUUGUUAAGACAAAACAAAUUAAUAUAUCAACUUUAAUAACAAUCUAUAUACUAUCAACCCUGAUAAUGAUGUGUGUAUUUAUUAUCAGAAAAUUAGGAAAUGCAUGAAAGCUAACACUUGUUAUUAUUAUUAGUCUUGGCUGAGGAUGAUGGGAGCAACAGUCAUCACAAUUAUACGUCUUAUUAAAUGGUCUUCUUCUCAUUGUCCUUUAAUGUCAUUUAAGGAAGGUUAAUGUGGCAGACUGGCACAGAGCCUUUGAAAGCCCAACAAGUGUCACGUACUGUAAUUGAUUGAUAGAAUCUGAGCUUUGCUAAUGCCUUAAAUGCCCCAUCUGUUCUCAGAGCCUGUGACACACGAAGGCAUGAGCCCAUUACAGCUUCCAAUUAGCCAGAGCAAUUUCACAAUUAGACAAUUGAUUUAACGAUGGAUUAUACCAGGCUAAAGCAAAGAGAUUCUCGGUUCUUGAGAACUAUGAAUAGAAAUGGAUGGGGGGGUGAAGAAGGGGGUGGUGGUGAGGGGGUUGAGGGAGAAGCAACUCGAAAGAGGUUGUAUAACACUUAAAGCUAUAAUCCAUUUAUGGGAAUGUAUGUGUUAUUUUACUGGGUUUAUAAUUUCCUAAAUAAUUAUUUCUGAGGAAGUAUUAGUUACCGAUUUAAUAACUUUAAUAAUAAAUAUACAGUUUACCAGAAAGUGAAUCAGCAAAUGAGAUGAAAAUCAGGGCUAAUUUAAUAGGACAGGGGCAGGAAACCUUCGGUACUCCAGAUGUUGCGGACUAGAUCUCCCAUGACGCUCUUACGGCCGUAAUGCUGGCAAAGAUAGUAGCCUACAGCAUUUGGAGUUUCAAGGGAUACCUACCUUGCUAUAGGGCACGCAUAUUAUAGGUGCUCUCAGCCCCUCCUUUCAAAAUAGUGAAGAAUAGAUAGGACAAGGGAUGAGCCAUAGGUAAAAACAAGACAAUGACAACAAUGUAACCAUGUCCCAUCUCCUCCCAAUAGCACACCUUAAAAAGGUAGGCACCUUCCAACAAAUGUGACUGUGUGUUUUUCAUGUAGUGAAAAUUCCAAGCGAUUUCAAUCUGAUAGAAUGCUGGUGUUAUUGUAGCAAAUGUCCUCAAAAAGUGGAUACAUUAGCAUUCUAGGACCAAAAAUGGUCCAAAUAAAAGAAAUGGUUUUGCUCUACAUUUAAAGCACAUUUUACAAAAGUAAGAUUAAAUAGACUUUUUAACCCCUUAAGGACACAUGAUGGAAAUAUUCCGUCACAAUUCCCUUUUAUUCCAGAAGUUGUGUCCUUAAGGGGUUAAGCAUUCCAGAGAAGGGACAACUCAUGUUUUUUUUUUAUUAACAAUCGUUAUCAUGAUAUCCCAUUGGCUGCCUUGUGGACAGUAGACACACCUGAAACAUUGGUAGAUCAGUGACCGAGGAUGUACUGAGGAAAGAGCAAAACGUUGGCACACAGGUUUUAGUAAUAUCUUGGGCCAGGCUGGGAAAAAGACAGGCAGAUGUCAUUCAUUACAUCUGUACACAACUACAAGACGCUGUUUUUGGUUAUCUGGGACUCCGCUACCAAAUAUGGAACCUUUAUGGUCAAACCAGAGAAUUGCUGCAUAUGCCAGUAGAAAUCUCAAGUAAUGCCAGGGAAAAGGAAUGGGGGCAGGUGCCCCACUGAGGUGGCAAAUUUAGUGCCAGUUGCCAUCCCAUAUGAAGCUCUAGCCUUUCAUCCUAUUAUAGGCUGCAGGGGGUGUCUACGUGGAGUGCUCCCACAUCUCUUGACCCACAAAGAGAGUUGAGGCACUUCUCUGCCUCACAGCAGCCGCUCUAGAUAACCAAGGAAAGGGGUGCCAUAGGGCACAGACAGACCAAGAUCUGGAGGAUUGUGGCCUCAAUUGAUAUACUGCUGGAUCUAAGGAAUUCCUGUAACUUUAAACUCUGUAUUUUCCAUCAAUAAAGGCUAGCUCUGUUUUUGUAGAAAAGACAAUUUUAGCAUAACAUUUGUAGGUAAUAAUUUCAUUUUCUACGGCAAAUUAUCCACACAGUCCAAUCAUAGCAAAUCUGUUACAUUUCCUCAGUUCACGCUUAUAGAGUAAUUUACAUAAAAAGUAAUUUGUCGCAAAUUCCUGAAUCUGCCAAGCUAAGAAUCAGCCCCGUAGUUACUAUUGUGUAAGUCAAAGUGAGAGAUAAGGUAUUAAGGAAUGCUCUUAUGAAAAAUCAUUAACCCGUUCAAUGCCAGAUGGGUGAGUCAUGAUGCCCUAAAACACUCAGAGGGUGCAGGACAAUUGCUAAGCAAAGACCUGUAUGCAUUUAGAUUUCCAACGUGCCCCAGUAUCCAGUAUUUGAAGAAUAUCAGAGGUUUAACUUAAAUAUCCAUUAAUUAAUUAAUUUAUUUAUUUUUCAUUUGUAUUUUUGUCGUGCAUAAAGGAAUUACAAACAUGCUUGAGGUACCCCAGCGGCAUUCCUCAGGCUGGGCAUCUCGUAUUACAGUUGGGUAACAGAUGAGACUUGCACAUUUUUAGAAUAUGAGAAUAAAGGAGUUAAUCAUGUCAGUAUACAAAAUAUUAAACAUGCUUAGAUGUCAGAUCACAAGAGCAAGAACAAGUAUGGUAGAAACAGUAAUGUGGAAUUGGAACUAAGCUACAUGUCACAGCUCAACCAUUGCUAACUAGAGGAUCUUCAGGCUUAGGUACACAUAAUAGAGAUUGUAAGGUAGCAAGCUAGAUAAGGUAAAGACCAUAGAUAAGAACAGUGCUGCUUCACUAAUAUGCAUGUCAGACCUGACUAAGCUGACUGACUGGGUGAUUAAGUAGCAGUGAAACCACUGGGUGUUAGUAGGUAGCGGAAGGGUAGGGGAAAUAGCAACUAUCAACGCUGAGCACAUCAUUAAUUUAAAUUUCAGGCAACAAGAGUUCUAUAGAGAGAUUUAUCGUCGGCCGUAAUCAACCAACCCCUCGUGCAGGCCAUAACAGAGAAUCCAUCUUCAUGUUAGGUAUGUUGUUCCCUCUCCCCGGCACAGGGCCUGUAGGGUGGUGCUGUGUGUGUGCGACAGGUGGGUUGUCAGUAGCCCGUAGUGCAGCGGAUCCCUGUAGCUUCGGUUCCGGGCCUUGAAGGGAGCCAGUGCCCUUGGUCCAUGGAUCCACCUGUUCUGAACGGCGGGAUCGUGGACCCGCGGGUCUCACGGAAUGCGGUCUUUUCCAUGGGCGUAUGGACUGCAGCAUGGAGGGAACUCCAGCUGGGCCCCCAGCCCAGAAGAGGAACAGGUAACCGAUACUGCUUCACAGGCUGUCUGCGACACUUGAGGGGUGAGUGUGGGUUGUCGCUUAGCGAAACGAUCCCAGAAGGCCUGGUAUAUUGCCUCAAGUCUGGCGUUGAAGCUUUCUCUCCACUUCUGGCCUGACAGGCUCAUUUGAUUGUGCUGAGGUGUCAGUGCGGCGACCAUCUUGGACGAGCCGUGUGACUUGCAAGAUUGCUCUGCUAGUUUCCCAGGAACUGGCCUAGCUAACCCAGUAGGGACUGGGAUAUCCCCCACCGGUCCAAAGGGGGAUUAAUGGGGCUCUGAGCGUUCAGUAGUGAGUUGCACGCCUACUGCUAGGAGAUCGGCCGCGUCUCUACACCAUCAGCGCGUCAGAUGCAGUAGGCCUCAGACGUUGACACAGGCGAUGUCCAGCAGACUUCCCCGAUUUGGACUCAACAAGGUAUGCUCGGCUUUUGGAGCAUCAGCUCAUAGUUUACUUUCUGCGGAAUAUGCACCGUAUUUGAGUAGUAAUGGCCCAGAUCGUGGGGGGCUACAGGCAAACACAUCUGGCCAUGUUAGAGGUCAAGCCCCGCCCCCUAAAUAUCCAUUUGAAUUUAUUCCUUGUCCGUUCUAGUAUUGGUCAAGAUUUAAUAAUAAUUUGUUUGGGAUCAUUAUAGUGUAUUAUACAUCAUAGUUUGUAAUAAUGACAUGAACUGACCAGUGCAAGCUAUUAGCUCGAUAUUGAUAUAAGAAUCUUUCGGACUGAAAUUUAGCUAGGCCAAGAUAGACUCCCAGAGUUGACUUCAAUUUGUCUCCAUGUUAUGAGGACAUCUCUGUUGUGUAAUUAUUAUUCAGCAGGAAGCAAUAACAUUUCAGUCAUUUGUCUUCCUUUUGAAAUAACCUUCCACAAUGAUACAUUAUCAUUCAGUAUUAGCUUGGUUAAUUGGUACAGCUGCUAUAAUGUAUCACGUGGUUUUUCCCAACACCCCCAGCUGAGGAAUAAUGAAUCCAUCUUUACGUAGAAAGAUGUGAGGUGUAGUCGAGUCGGCUCAAAUAAUACUGGAAUUAGCCUUAUUUUAGCGGUCUCUGUAAAGCCACUCUGAUAACGCUACAAGCUCUUAUCAAGAAGAUGCCUUUCAUGUCCUGAAACAGUCUCGCUGCCUGCUAGGCAGAGAGCUCUACGGAAUAUAGCUUCCAAAACAAGUGCUCGCUUUCAAGGUCAUCCUGCAGCACAUCAAGGUCGUAUGUAGGAAGUAAUAGGCAUUCUUGACUAGUUAUAUCGUCUAUUAGAGCAAAUAUAAAACCAUUUUUCUUAUCGAGCACUGGUUCUUUCUCUCAUUUCUGUAUCAGAGUUUCAUGCUCUUUAAAUAUCCGUAUAAUAUUCUACAAGCAAGCUAUCUGAGUAAUCUGACAGUCAAAGUUCCUGCCCUGUUUAUCUAACAAUCUAUAUUAUCCGUGCCUGCGCACACUGGGAUGCAUGUAUGUAUGUUGACAUAGCAACAAUUCACUCAGUAAUUCAGAAAAAAAAUGAAAACAAAAUUCACAACACGUAUAGCUUCCUCUUGGUUACAAACUAUGCUGAUGUCGUGGUGAUUCAAAUCCUUAAAACAAAUCGCUCAUUCAACAAAUAUUGUGAUUUCUUAAAGCAUCCAAAUUUCUAAGAAGUUUUAUCUUGUUCAUCAAACAUUUUCUUCUCAUCUGUAGCCAUAAAUACUGCCAAGGUUAUUCCGUAAUGGGUGAGGUGUCAAGAAUUCAAAGUUAAUUUAAAAAUUUGAACCAAAAUAGCUGAACUUAAAACAUACAUAACUGAUCAUCUUGUUCCAAAGUUACUAUUUUGAACAAAAAAAUUAGAAAAUCGCUUUUAAUUUCUGGCAGUUCAGUUUAGUGAACAGCCUUCUCAAUCUUUCUCUUUAAUUCGGUCUGUCGCUCUUUCUUUCCGUAUCUAUCCAGAUCUUUAUCUGUCCGAGAGAUUCUUUCUUGUUGUGGCUGCUAUUUACAGUAAUCCGCUUUUAUGUUUCAUAAAGUUUUAUCUAACUACUUGGACACAUGUGUUCUUUACACUGACCUACAAUGUGCUCUCCAGAAACAGACAGCUUUAUAGGCCGCAUAAUUGUCUGUUUUUAAACAUUUCGGGGUCAGCCUGCAACAUUUUUUUGAAAUGACACCAGUCAUUAUUCUCUUCCGGUUUCACGGAGAGUGUUAUGGUCCUCAUUUUACAUGGGAGUGUGGUGGGAUUCCGAUUCUCUACUGCUUCAGGGGUAAGAUUUCAUGUCUGCUCCGUGGGUGGCGGAAGUCAUUUUUUGGUUGGUCUGCACAUGUAACAAUUGACACUGUGUUACUGCGCAUUUGAUUUUGCUUAUGUAGCAUGUCCCUCUACUCCACAGACCCCUUAUUGCAGCCAGAUGAAAUUUAAGUUCCUUUUACUGUAUCAGCCACUGAUGUUUCUACAAGAUUCCGAGUAGCAGCCUGUAAUAUUUCACUAAGAUCCCCAAGAGACUUACAUGUUUCAAGACAAAUUACCGAUUUGUAGCAUUAGCAAAUUGGACUAAUUAUACAAGGUGCCCUGGGCUCUGUAUGUCAGUUUGAGGUUUACUUCAUUAUUUGAAGUGCUAAUUGUCUGUUUGCAAAAUGAGCAGUAGAUUUGGAUCUUUGGUAAUACGGUAAAGGGGUCCCCUGCACCUUCACACCUCCCUGAGAAUGGCAUGAGAUUAUUACUUCACAAUAACAAUUCUGAUGCAAUUACUGCAGCUGUCAGUUUCUCAAUAAUCAUAUUACAGGCACUUACACCCGGUAGCUGUGUUAAAGGGAUAUUAAAAAGCAAUGUGCUCUCUUCUAUUAAGGAAUGUUCAUAGAAUCUGCUGUCAAGAAAUGUGUAUUGAGAUAUAUUGGAAUUACUACACUUUGUUACAAUCAGUGCGAAACAUUACAAUUAAGUAAGUCUAUAAAGUAUUUUUUAAUUAUAAUUUUUAUAGUGUCAACAUAUUUUGCAGCACUUUACAAUUAUAGAAAAUGUAUAUUUAGAUGUGAAGAAUGCUCUUCUCAAAUGAGCUAGGUGGACAUAUAUUGUUAGGUGUCUAGGCCAGGCAUACCUACUGGUGGGGUGGUCAAAUCAGGAUUUUAACAUAUAAUCCCCACAUUUAGGGCAGUAACAUUACCAAAGCUCUAACCACUGCUCUACAAAGAACACUGAUAUUUGUACCAUUUCCAAAUAUAUCCUGGGUAUUAAAGGGACACUAUAGUCACCAGGUCAACUACAGCUUAAUGUAGUUGUGUUAAUGUCUACUUCCAGUCCCUGCAGAAUUGCAGGUGCUUCCUGGGUCAGUGCUGCUUAGUUUAUCGUCACCACACUCUGCAUGGAGGUGCAGAACGUUAACCCCAGAGAUGCAUUGAUUCAAUACAUCUCUAUGAGGAGAUGCUGAUUGGCACAUGCGCAAUAGCCUCCCAAUGCUUUCCUAUGGGAAAGCAUUGGUUUGGCUGAGAACAUCAAAUGUGAUAAUCUCAGCCAUGGAAGCACAGAGGGAACGGGGCCAGCCGUAAGAAUACUCACACAGUGCAGAAAAAAGGUAAGUCACCAUUUUAACAGGGGGACAAGGGGGAUAGGAACAAAAACGGCUGUUUUAAAUCAAUAGUGUCAGGAAUACACGUUUGUAUUCCUGACACUAUAGUGUUUCUUUAGGCCCAAAUAGUGAUCCUUUAGACCAGGGCAUCCCAACCCAGUCCUCAAGUACCCCCUAACAGUCCAGGAUUUAGGGAUUACCCUGUUGUGUCUAAAGUGUUUUUUUUCCUUCUAAAUCCUGGACCGAUAGGGGGUACUUGAGGACUGGGUUGGGAACCCCUGCAAAUUGCUGUGAAUUAAAAAAAAAAACUAAAAUGCAUAAUCUGCUAGGGCAAACACUGCAGAUUUGGAAACAUUCUCCAACGUAGCUAUUUUGCCUUAAUUUUGCAGUUUGUUUUUUAAUUCACCAACAUUUGGCGUUUAGUAAAUUCAUCCCAAUAAAAAUAAAAAAAAACAGAAAGGAUAAAAGGGAAGAAAGUUGCACUCUUUGCCUUAACGCGCACACUAAAAAUGUACCUGACUUUUAUAUUUUUUUUUAAUGAAAAGGGAAUUUCAAUUGUUGAGUUUUGGUCUAGAAUUUGAAAUUUUCUUUCUUAAAGGAACACUAUAGUCACCUAAACAAUUUUAACCACUAUAGUCACCUAAACAACUUUAGCGUAAUUAAGCAGUUUUAGUGUUUAGAUCAUGCCUCUCAGGUUUCAUUGCUCAAUUCACUGUCAUUUAGGGGUUAAAUCUCUUUGUUUCCGUUUUUGCAGCCCUUGUCACACCUCCCCAGGCUAUGACUGACACAGCCUGCAUGAAAAAAGAAAACUGGUUUUGCUUUCAAUCAGAUGUAAUUUACCUUAAACAAUUUUAUCUUUUGCUCUGUAAAUUGAACUUUAAUCACAUACCGGAGGCUCUUGCAGGGUCUAGCAGAGGAUGAGAAAAUCUAAAUUAAAUAGAACUUGCAAUAAAGGAAGGAUAAACUUUAGAUGACUCUUUACAGGAAGUGUUUAGGAUUGCUGUGCAAGUCACAUGCAGGGAGGUGUGACUAGGGUUCAUAAACAAAGUUAUUUAACUCCAAAAUGUCAGAGGAUUGAGCAGUGAGACAGCAGGGACGUUUUAUAUACACCUAAACUGCUUCAUUAAGCUAAAGUUGUUUUGGUAACUAUAGUGUCCCUUUAAUCUACACAAUUCCUGUUUUUUUGAAUUUACUCCAAAUUGCAGAUAGUAUGCACAAAACAACAGCUGAGCAGGGUAGUUCAAAGCUAGUUCAGCUUAUACAGUGAGCAUUUGUAGUUUUUUGCUUGCUAUGGGUUAACCAUUAAGAGGUAAUCACAAAUUAUAGAUCACUUGUUUGCCCCACUAUAGCAAUACAAUCUCCUAAUUUUUAUCUGUUUUGGAACCUUUUGUGCAUUUUUAAAGGAGUUUCCACUGUGAAGCUUUUAAACACGAAUAACUAACCUCUUAUCCUUAGCAUUUUUUGAAUUUUAAAUUGCCAUCUCUCGUAAUCUAAUUUGCAAUGGCAAAGUCAGGAACCAGAUGAAAACAUUUUACAAGGCUCCCUCUUACAGCCUUCCAGCUGGCUGCAUUGCAAAAAAAAUUUUUAUGCAGACUUGAAGGUUGAAUAAAAUAAUUUUGCAUCGUGCCCCGCUGUGUUUCAUUAGUGCACAUUAAAAAAAUUAGUCAUUCUGGUUUCACACAACAAAUAGCAAAUCGUGUUUUAAUAAAACAUGUUCUGGGAUUUUGCAAACAUUCCAGGAUGGAGACAGCGAAUGUAUACAGCUAUAAAAGUAAUACAAUUUUACUCCAUAAAGACAUCUACUUUCCAUAGGAUCUUGGAACAACUUGCAAGACAAAUAUGUCAGAACGUGUAACUCAAAAAUGAAAAAGUCAGUAAAUUAGCCCAUGUAAUGCUUUGCAUUAUUUAAUGAGUGGUAAAUCCAUAUUUUAUAUAUAUAUUAUAGCAAGCAGUUCUAAAUACAUAGUGACUCAUACUUUCAUCAUGCACCAUUGAAUGAAUCCUAGCCAAUAGUUACAUUGUGGCACACUUGGAUUGACAUCAUAUUUUCGUCUACUUAGAAUUUAGUCUCUAACCCCAAAUUAAUUUAUUAUUGAAGUUCCCUUAGCAUAUCUACUUUUUUCAUCUGUGUCUGCAUCAUGUCUUAAAACAUUCAAUAUGCUGCAGGGCUGACCAACACAUAGGGUCCAAGUUCAUAAACUAAGAUUAUAUCUCAUUGUCCAAUGUCCGAAACAUCAAUAUCCUGCACUUCUAAAAAUAACAAAUUCAUUAAAAGGAUGAGAGACCCCAGAUAUUAAAUGAAGUAAUUCAUUAUGGUUUGUUUGUUUGUUUUGUAGAGAAUUGAUGCCAAGGACGUUGGAUGGUCAAAUCACUAUGGAGAAGACUCCCAGCUACUUUGUCACCAAGGAGGCCCCGGCUAGAAUAUCUGCCAUGUCCAAGGAUGCCAAGCUCAUAGUGGUGGUGAGGGACCCUGUAACUAGAGUAAUCUCUGACUAUACACAAACCCUCUCCAAACGGCCAGACAUCCCUUCAUUUGAGAGCUUGACUUUCAAAAACAGGACUACAGGUCUCAUAGACACGUCAUGGAGCGCCAUUCAGAUCGGCAUUUACGCCAAGCACUUGGAGAACUGGUUACUAGAUUUUCCUAUGGGUCAGAUCCUCUUUGUAAGUGGGGAGAGACUCAUAACAGACCCUGCUGGGGAACUUGGACGUGUUCAGGAUUUCCUGGGCCUUAAGAGGAUCAUUACCGACAAACAUUUCUAUUUCAAUAAGACUAAAGGCUUCCCGUGCUUGAAAAAAGCAGAAGGGAGCAGCAAACCUCACUGUUUAGGGAAAACGAAGGGUAGGACCCAUCCCACUAUCAACCCGGAGGUGGUGCAGAGACUGCGAGAAUUCUACAGACCAUUCAAUAUGAAGUUCUACCAAAUGACUGGGCACGACUUUGGCUGGGAUUCUUGAAAAGAGCAAUUAUAAAAAUACGCUUCUAUUUUUUUUACACAUAUGUAUUUGGAAAACAAAUGUUUAGCAAUUGUUGAAAAAGUAUUGUCUUCCCAAAAAUAGAUGUAUUGCAAUCAUCUCCUAACCUCAUUAUACUGGAUUUAUUUUGCUCGAUCUAAUUUUGACACUCAGAUUUUCAAAACGACAAUGGAUGAUUGGACUAAUUCACAUACAAAGGUGAAAAAUCUAUUCAGUAUCAAAAACUGGCCAUAUUUUACCAGUGAUAAUGAGAAAGUUACUGUAUGUUUUUGAAAAAAAAAUAUUUUAGUAAAUGUAUAAGCUACAGCAUCUCUAGACAAAAUAACCCUCCAAAUCUUUGGUCUGUUUUUAAUUUAUUUUUACAGGAAUUAAUAUGAUUGUACCCACCUUUCUCCAGACAGCAACUUCAUGUUCCGUUGACAGUUUCCCAACAUAAUCUUUUGUAACCUUUUUUUCCCAUCUUGUACCAUCCCAGCCACAUGAGAUUUUAAUAGAGCUUGUAAUACAUGGACCACUAUCCCGUUCAGGAAAAUGUAUUACGUUUAUAAUAGAAUGUAAAACAUCAAUUUACUGAACGUUUUUUGUCCUAAAUCAAAUAAACAUUUCAACAUUAAUCCUGAAUGUUUACCUCUAUAUAUUCAUUAUUCAUGUUCAAUAAAUGAAUUAAGGCA